GGCCCUGAUCCGGGCAGAGAAAGAGACGAAAGUAAGCAGCGAUGGCUUUUUGUAAUUUUUAUUCUUUUGCAUUUCUGGUCCGGGGAGAGGAGGACAGAGUUUGGGGUGGGGGGCCUUUUGGGGAGGGAGCCGUUAACCUUCCAUGCAAAGGGAGCCCCCAGCCCCGCCCCCAAAUCCCAUCCCAUCUAUUGGUGGCGCUGGCAGGACCCGCCUUUGCUCAGCGCAACCUUUUGCAUGUGUGUGCCUUUGUCUCGAAAACAGCGCAAGAUCCACACCGGCUGAUUUGUGCAACGAUGCUGAUGAUGCCCACGUUUAGCAGAAGCGUCCUUCGGCUGGCGGGGGCCACGCUGCGGCUCCAGGUGUUCAGCUCUCCCCAGAACAGAUGCUGCUACUCUGGAGACGCCUACCCUUCCCCCACUAAAGCCAGGGGGGUGAAGAAGAGGGGCUAUGACAUCACCAGGAACCCCCAUCUCAACAAGGUUAGACUAAACCUCUCUGUUCUUGCUUGGAAGCUUUUGUUCAUUUUUGCCAUUAUUUAUUUUGCUGAGAGAGAGAGAGAGAGUUUGCAUGUGUGUAUAUCUUGUCGCUGCUGUGGAGUCCACCUCGCCUAGUUCUUCCCAGGUAUGUUUCCUCUUCUUGAUCUCACAUUGCUGCAUGAAAACUUUUAUUGAAGUCUGGAAGAAGCAAGGAAACCUAACACUGUGCAACUUUUCCUGCAAACUGCCCCAGGUUUCGAUUUUGUGCCCCCAAUCAGCUUCCUGGUUAUGAUACCCAUUCAUACCAGUAACGUGGGUCCUGCUCUCAUUGCUGUAGCUUGUGGAUCAGCAAAUCUUUUUCAGGUCUUCGUGGUCUUGGCAUUAUGCAAGAAGAUAAGGAGAGGCCUUCUGAAUCGGGCCAAAGGCCCGUCUAGGCCAGCAUCCUGUUCUCACUGUGGCCAGCCAGAUGCCUCUGGAAAAUCCAAAAGGGCCUGAGUGCUGCAAUGUGAUUCCCAGUGACUGGUAUUUGUGGGCCCAUCUCCUUUGAUACUGGAUGUGGUAGAAAACCAUCUUGACUAGUAGCCAUUGAUAGGCUUGUUCUCCACUCUGGUUGUGGCAGAGAAUUCUACCCUUUUAACUAUGUGAUAUGUGAAUAAGGGGGGACGCAGGUGGCGCUGUGGGUUAAACCACAGAGCCUAGGACUUGCCGAUCAGAAGGUCGGCGGUUCGAAUCCCCGUGACGGGGUGAGCUCCUGUUGCUCGCUCCCUGCUCCUGCCAACCUAGUAGUUCGAAAGCAUGUCAAAGUGCAAGUAGAUAAAUAGGUACCACUCUAGCGGGAAGGUAAAUGGCAUUUCUGUGCGCUGCUCUGGUUCGCCAGAAGCGGCUUAGUCAUGCUGGCCACAUGACCCGGAAGCUGUACGCCGACUCCCUCGGCCAAUAAAGCGAGAUGAGCGCCGCAACCCCAGAGUCCGUCACAACUGGACCUAAUGGUCAGGGGUCCCUUUACCUUUACCUAUGUGAAUAAGCCAUGAAUAUUGCAACAUUCAGCAUUUGGGGGCAAACCCAGGUUCUGGUAUUAUGAGAGAGGGAGGAGAAACCUCAUUCCAUCACAUUUCUCCAUGUCACACACACAUUCUCUGUCGUGUUCCUCUGUAUUGCCCACUAUUUUCCAGCCCCCAAUAGUCUUAACUGCACUUAUGAUAACCUGCAUAGGCUUUAGAAUCAGAUAAUAAAGUGCGUAUAAUUCUGUCUCUACCCAAACCCGCUAUACACCUCCACCACCAGUUUUCUGCUAGUUACCUAUUAAUAGAUGAAUGUUUCAGAUAAUUGGUGUUUGUUGGGUUCACGUCAUUCCUAGGGUGGAUAUCUGUUGGCCAAAUAAGACUGAAAACAUUUUGGGCUUGUUUUGGAAAUAAACACACACUCAUAGCUGCAGUGCUGAGCGUUGCUCCUGGAAAGCAAGUAGCAGGCUUGAACUAGGAUUGGCCCAGGACAAUUAGCUGCUGGUGUCGUCUCCCCCCUCCCCUCCCCUCCCCACCCCAUGCCCCCAAAGUGCACACUAUUAAGUAAAGUCAAGGUCUCUUCAGAGACAUCUGAAGCAGCAGAUCUCCCGGACAGUAAAAAAACAACACACAACAAUAAUAAGCUAAAGAGCUAAUCCCACUAUGCCAGAGGUUUUCAACCUUUGGGGGUCCACAGCUCCCUUGAUAUUCUUUCUGCGGCACCCCUGUGGGGCUCAGGAGCCCAGUUAUGUCACCCCUUGCCUGCAGGGCUGGCAGCCCCUCACCCCUUUUCGGACACCCUCCCUUGUGGAGUGUUCCCUCAGCCUCCUCUCUUCUCCCCUCUCCUUGGGAGUCCUCUGGGCAGCCGCAGCUGCCGCCUCUGGUCUCUGAGCUGCCCCCCCACCUGCCCCAAAGAGAGGUGCCUCCUCACACUGCCCCACAGGGGCCUGGGAAGCACCCCCUGGCCAGCCUCAGAGGCACCAUUUGCCUGGGGAGCUUGUAGCCAGGGCUGCUGCAAAAAAAGCCGCAACGCAAGAGGGCAUCUGAGGAGGGAGAGAGGGAAGGAAAGAGGGACAGAGGCCAGUGUUGCCUGCGACACCCCUGACUAUCAUUCAAGGCACCCCAGGGUGCCACGGAACACUGGUUGAAAACCACUUCACUAUGCCAAAAUGGCUUCUCCCCAUUUGGAGUAUCCUACAAAACCAGGACGUGGGUGGCGCUGUGGGUUAAACCACAGAGCCUAGGACUUGCCGAUCAGAAGAUCGGUGGUUCGAAUCCCUGCAAUGGGGUGAGCUCCCAUUGCUCGCUCCCUGCUCCUGCCAACCUAGCAGUUCAAAAGCACGUCAAAGUGCAAGUAGAUAAAUAGGUACAGCUCUGGCGGGAAGGUAACCGGCGUUUCUGUGCCCUCCUCUGGUUCACCAGAAGCGGCUUAGUCAUGCUAGCCGCAUGACCCGGAAGCUGCACGCCAGCUCCCUCAGCCAAUAAAGUGAGAUGAGCGCCACAACCCCAGAGUUGUCCGCGACUGAACAUAAUGGUCAGGGGGCCCUUUACCUUUACCGGACCAUGAAUUAUGGAGUGUCCUGCGGCCACUAGCAUCAGACAAAUGCAGGAUGCUUCAAGAUUGGAAGCAGUAUUAGAAACUCAGGUAUAUAAGCUAGGUGCCAAAUGGUUCCUUAAGCCAGGGUUACCGUCUCCAGAAUGGAAUGUGUAGUUGCCAUUUUUGGACAAGGCAGCUCUAAAGUCUUAUUUCCCAAUAGGACUUUUUGGUUCCUGAAAUUCAUUCUGAUUGUGCAGAUAAAACAUAACUGAUACAUAACUCUACAGGAUGUGUUGCUAGUACAGUCAUUCCUUGGAUCUCAAACGCCUUGGGCUCCUGAUCAAAUCGACUCCCGAACAAUCAAAACCCAGAAGUGAGCAUUCCAGUUUUCGAACAUUCUUUUGGAAGCCAAACCUCUGACGGGGCUUCCGUGGCUUCCGAUUGGCUGCAGGAGCUUCCUGCAGCCAAUCAGAAGCCAAGCCUUGGUUUUUGAAUGUUUUGGAAGUUGAACUGACUUCCGGAACGGAUUCUGUUUGACUUCCAAGGUACAGAUGUAUGUGAAAACCAUAUGCUCUUUCAGAUGGUGUAGAUGUCUGGCGCCAUCCUAGCACCUGGGCAUCUUCCUUGGGUCACAAGUGGCUGAUAGCCAGGUGCAGAAUAAAAUCUGUUAAACUGUUACUCCUGCCCUGUCUUCCCUGGAAUUAAGGUUUCAAGAGUUUGAACACCCACCCUGAAGCAAGUUAUUGACGAUGAGACCAUGACAUCUGUGGAUGCCAGACUACCAUAGGAAUGAGAAAGCAGGUCCCAAAUUCUUCUUCUCUGCCUUCAUUUUUCUAUGGGCAGAUAGCUGCAUUUUUUAUUUAUUCAUCGCAUUUAUAACACCCCUCUCCUUCAGGGGUUCAACGACACGGGUCCCCUUCCCCAUUUUAUCCUCGCAACAACCCUGUAGGCUAAGGUUGAGAGACUGAGACUGGUCCAAGGCCACGUUGUGAGAGUCCUGGCUGAGUAGCGGGUGGGGAUUUGAACCCUGGUCUCCCAGAACCUAGUCCAGCAUUUUAUCUUGUGGUUCCCCCACUAGGACCUGAGACAGGAUUGCUCCCCUCUUUACUUUUUGUGGGAGCUGUGCCUUAAGUCAUCUCAUUUACCCAGCUAAACACCUUUCAGUUCUUUCUGCAGGAGGUGUAAUUUAUGUACUUUGGAGCAAAGCUUUCCCUAUCUUUUGGAGAACUGCCACUGCUAGCUUUGCAGACACACAGUUCAGCAGUCAGCAGUUUUCCCUUCCUUUUUUUUAAAAAAAAAAAGGUGACAGGAUAUCGAUAUUAUAGUGGCUUGCCAACUGUGGGGGUUUUUUUGCAAAUAGGUCUGCUCUGUGCAGCCACCCAAAGUGUUGCAGCAGGAAAGCAAUGCAGAGCCAAACAUUUAGAUUAUGUGCUAUUAUUAUUUAUUAAAUGUGUAUACAGUGGUACCUCGUUUCUCGAACGUAAUCCGUUCUGGAAGACCGUUCGGCUUCCAAAACGUUCAAAAACCAAGGCGUAUCUUCCCAUUGGUUGCAAGAGCUUCUUGCACUCAGCGGAAGCUGUGUCACACGUUCGAGUUCUGAAAAGCGUUCGAAAACGGAAGCAUUUACUUCUGGGUUUUCAGUGUUUGAGAACCCGAAAUGUUUGACAACAGAGGUACCACUGUACAGUGGUACCUUGGGUUAAGUAUUUAAUUCGUUCUGGAGGUCCGUUCUUAACCUGAAACUGUUCUUAACCUGAAGCACCACUUUAGCUAAUGGGGCCUCCCACUGCCGCCGUGCCGCUGGAGCACGAUUUCUAUUCUCAUCCUGAAGCAAAGUUCUUAACCCGAGGUAAUAUUUCUGGGUUAGCAGAGUCUGUAACCUGAAGCGUAUGUAAUCCGAGGUACCACUGUACUGCCAUUCAUCCCUAGAUCAGUGGUUCCCAAACCUUUUCAGACUCCUUGGUUCCAUAAACUCAUCCCCAAUGCCCACUACUCCAUAAAUAUAAAGAAUAUUAUUCAAAAUAGAACAAAUGGACCUAAGUCAGUUAUAUGGGUGAUACUCUGUUGUGUCUUGUCAGCACAAGGAUUUCCACUUAACGCAAUGGCAUUUCCCUCCUUGUUCCUGCUUUUCGUGCCCCAUGCCCAGGGGCGUAGUGUGGGUUGUCAGCACCCGGGGCAAGGCAAGUAAUUUGCACCCCCUAACCCGUGGAUUUGCGCCCCCUAACCUGUGGAUUUGCGCCCCCUAACCCCCAGAUGUUGCGCCCGGUGCACCCGGCCCCCCCUGCACCCCCCACGCUACGCCACUGCCCAUGCCCUCUCCAGAUUUGCUUCACAGUGUCGGGGGAACCCCUACAACAGAUUUAGGGGGUGCACAGGGUGAGGAGACAGUGGGAGAAGCUUCUGUUGCACAAGUGGAAAAAUUUGCGCCCAUGGAACGUUCUCCUUAGUGCUGCAGUGCAUCGUAAUGGUUAGAGUUGUCAGGCUAGGACACUCAGCCAUGAAACUCACUGGGUGACGUUGGGCUGGCCAUUUGGUCUCAGCCUAACCCAACCUCGCAGGGUCGUUGUGGGUAUUCAUUGAGCAAGGGGGAACCAUGUAAACUCCCUCGAGCUCCGUGGAGGGAAAAAGUGUGGUACAAAUGCAAUAAAUAGAUAAAUAAUGCAUUGGCUUCAACCCAGAGGAUUUGAUCUUGAAAAUGACUAGCAUGGGUUGCAGCCCACAGUAGGGUUUUCUUGCUAGGGGCCUGUGCUGUUGGUUUUGGGUGGCAGGAUCAACCUCUGUUGUGCGAUAGUGGAGCUGUGAGCAAAAGGAUUUAGAAGUUGUUUUAACAAAUCUGCGGCUUCUGGAAGAGGGGCUUUCCUUGUCUAAGCAAAAUCAAGGCUGGAUAAGGCUGAAUUAACAGCAGUGUUUUGCAUGGCAAGUCCCUGCUUUCGUUUCCUAUUUAGUGAUGUGUUACCAGUGCAACUAUCAAAACUUGGAGUUCACCACUGUGGUUCGCACCCAAAUGCCUUCUCCCUCUGCUCUGGAAGAGGUUAACUUGGGGACAGGCCAGAAGGGAGUGCGGCCCUUGGGUUGCAAACAUUUGCGUCACCCCUGUCGUAGCUAUAGAUCAGGUUUCUGGUGUUCAUCAGUAUGCGGAUGAUACCCAGCUCUACCUCUCUUUUAAAUCAGAACCAGUGAAGGCGGUGAAGGUCCUGUGUGAGUGUCUGGAGGCGGUUGGAGGAUGGAUGGCAGCUAACAGAUUGAGGUUGAAUCCUGACAAGACAUAAGUACUGUUUUGAGGGGCAGGAGGCAGGCAGGUGUGGAGGAUUCCAUGGUCCUGAAUGGGGUAACUGUGCCCCUGAAGGACCAGGUGCGCAGCCUGGGAGUCAUUUUGGACUCACAGCUGUCCAUGGAGGCACAGGUCAAAUCUGUGUCCAGGGCAGCUGUUUACCAGCUCCAUCUGGUACGUAGGCUGAGACCCUACCUGCCUGCGGACUGUCUCGCCAGAGUGGUGCAUGCUCUGGUUAUCUCCCGCUUGGACUACUGCAAUGCGCUUUACGUGGGGCUACCUUUGAAGGUGACCCGGAAACUACAACUAAUCCAGAAUGCGGCAGCUAGACUGGUGAUUGGGAGCGGCUGCCAAGACCAUAUAACACCGGUCUUGAAAGACCUACAUUGGCUCCCAGUACGUUUCCGAGCACAAUUCAAAGUGUUGGUGCUGACCUUUAAAGCUCUAAACGGCCUCGAUCCAGUAUACCUGAAGGAGCGUCUCCACCCCCAUCAUUCAGGCCAGACACUGAGGUCCAGCUCUGAGGGCCUUCUGGCGGUUCCCUCACUGCGAGAAGCCAAGUUACAGGGAACCAGGCAGAGGGCCUUCUCGGUAGUGGCGCCCUCCCUGUGGAACGCCCUCCCACCAGAUGUCAAAGGGAACAACAACUACUAGACUUUUAGAAGACAUCUGAAGGCAGCCCUGUUUAGGGAAGCUUUUAAUAUUUGAUGUAUUACAGUAUUUUAAUAUUUUUUUGGAAGCUGCCCAGAGUGGCUGGGGAAGCCCAGCCAGAUGGGCGGGGUAUAAAUAAUAUAUUAUUAUUAUUAUUAUUAUUAUUAUUAUUAUUAUUAUUUCUCCAACCUGAUAUAUUCCAGAAGUUGUUGGACUCCCAUUAGCCCUGGCCAGGAUGGCCGAUGGCAAAGGAUGAUGGGAGUUGUAGUCCACAUUGAGGAAGAGAUGGUAUCUACACACACAGGCACACAUACUACCUAGCUUAGUUUAGGAUCUCCAAGCAAUUAUUAUUCUAUGGACCCUAGGGAUAAUUGAAAGACCAGUUUAGUUCAUAGACAAAUUACCACGUGCCUGCAAUAUUCAUAUUUUUUUCAAAAAUAAAAUAAAAUUCCACUGCUGCACUGACUGCACUGAACGUUUUUAUCAUCUCAUUUUAUGAAAAAUAAAAAUAAAUUAAAAAUGAUCUCAGCGUGCAAUUUAGAAAAUUGGGCUAAAUGAACCACAGAGUCCUUUCCUUUCCAAGCUGUUGGCAACGCUCAUGAUGCAUGAAUAUUGGCAUUUCAAAGAAGGCCAUUGCCAGGGCGGGUCAAGUCCGUGGUGGCCAAGAGGAAAUCUUUGAGGGCUGAGUUGUCAGAGAUGGAGCACAAAAGAGAGCUGUUCUUGCUGCUGGAAGCGUUCAUUGGCUAGUUAAAAAAAAGAAAGGAAGGAAGAAAAUGUUUCAGCAGAGGGGCCGAAGGCCAAAUCCUGUCCUUAGUGGAAUCCAUUCCCUCUGUUUUUGAAGUUCAUGCUGUGAAUGCUAAUGCUUCUUACAUAACCUUGAUAAGAACACUUUACCCUAUAAGUAUUUGCAGAAUGGGCACUGUUUCAGGUGCACCACAUAAUACACCUUCCGUAUUUGAUCUUUUAGCGUGGCAGCGCCUAAACUUUGGAACUGCCUGCCUAUUGGCAUCAGGCAGGUACCUUCACGCCGCUCUUUUCGACACCUGCUAAGAAGGCUUUUGUUUAGGCAUUUCCAUCCAGAUAUGUAGAUUGUUGGCAUGAGUUUUGGUUUGGUUUUUAGCUUUUUUAUUUUAUAACGUAUCUUUAUUAAUUUAAAAUAAAUUUAUGAGAAAACAGACAUACAAGUAAACAAACAAACAAACAACAGAAAAAACAAACAAACCACCACACUAUAAGAUACAAGAUUAAUAUAAUUAUCAUCAUAUAUACUCCUGAUACUGAACACAAUUCUAAAACUUAUAGAGAAGAAAUUUAAAACUGACUUCCAAUUAAUCUCACUGUACUUUAUCUAUCCAUUACUUUGUACCGCACAGUUACAUAUUUCUUAUAUAAUUUCUUUUUACCCUCCCUACAAACUUAUAUUUAUACAAUACAGGGAUCAGUCUAAUUCUGCCAAGGUGUUUCCUUUUAUUCCAUAGUUUUUAAGCUUUUUGUUUUAGCUUAUUGCGCUGCCCAGUAUUGCACCUGCUAUGCGACAUCUCAGAACGUUGCUUAGGAUGAGCUGUGGCCCUCGGGCUUAAAAAAAGUCCCCCCACUCCUGCACUGUGCGGAAAUACGAGCUGUUAAAAUGGGUGCCUCUGUGUGAUCACAGCCGGGUCAUGAGCUUGGGGGCAGCAGUGCAUCCUCCUAGAUGCUACCACAAGUGGUGGUGAUUGUAGGUGGUUGCUGGCUAUUAUGAACCAGCCCAUCAUAAAGGCUCCAGGAAGUGAAGAAGUCUCAUGGAAUCAGAGAAGUGUAGAUUUAGAAGGGACCCUGAGGGACAUCUAGUCUAGAUUUUGAUCUCCCUAACCCCACCCCAUGGGCCAAUUUUGGACCACCCACAUGUCAUAGUUGGUCUGCGAGGGUAGGGGGUGAGAGAGCGUGACCAAGCAGGACUGAGCUCCCUAUAUUGAAUCAGUUGCAAAAAACCCCAAGGGUUGUCCAGUCCAACCCCCUGCAAUGCAGGAAUCUCAACUAAAGCAUCCAUGGCAGAUGGCUAUCUGACCUCUGCUUAAAAAAGAAGGAGAGUCCACCAGCUCCUGAGGGAGUCCGUUCCACUGUUUAACAGUUCUUACCUUCAGAAAAUUCUGCCUGAUGUUUAUAGUCAGAAUCUCCUUUCUUGUAACUUGAAGCCAUUGGUUCGGGUCCUACGCUCCAGACCAGCUUGUUCCCUCUUCCACAUGGCAGCCCUUGAGAUAUUUGAAGAUGGCUUUCAUAUCUUCUUUCCGUCUUUCAUCUCUUCUUUCCCAAGCUAAACAUACCCAACUCCUUCAACCAUUCCUCAUAAGGCUUGGUUUUGAGACCCUUGAUCAUGUUGGUCGCCCUCGUCUGCACACAUUCCAGCUUAUUUAUUGAAUUUAUAUAUCAUCCUAUACCCCGGGGGUCUCAGGGCGGUUCACAGAAACACACAAUACAGUGGUACCUCGGGUUACAGACACUUCAGGUUACAGACUCAGCUAACCCAGAAAUAAUACCUCGGGUUAAGAAUUUUGCUUCAGGAUGGGAACAGAAAUCGUGUGGCGGCCGCGAAGCAGCAGCAGGAGGCCCCAUUACUGAAAGUACGCCUCUAGUUAAGAACAGUUUCAGGUUAAGAAUGGACCUCCAGAAUGAAUUACGUUCUUAACCCAAGGUACCACUGUAUCCUUCUUAAAUUGUGGUGCCCAGAACUGGACACAGGAUUCCAGGGCACCACAAUUCAUCUGGAAUCUCUGCAAGAAAGGAAUUAAGUCUUGCGCAAUGCAAAAACCUCUUGGAGAUCUUGGCGUGGAUGAGGCCCGUGCAGCUGUGUUUACAUCCUCUGAGAGCUGAGCGAUGACUCAGCUCCCCUUGCGGGGUGGUAGGGCGGCAAGUGAGAACCAGCCCCAAGGCUACUCUGCCUCGUGGUGGUGCUGACUCAGCACUUGGUUGGAACGAUUAAAUGCCACCGCCAGGCAUUCCAAUUGACGGAUUAUGUGCAACAGGCCUGGAUUUAAGGCCUGUGUCAUAGGUGUGAAUCCGCUUUCAGCCUGAGGGCCAAAUUUCACCCUGCCACCCUUCCCAGGGCCAAAUGCAUCCUUUUUUAUGGUUAACACCUAAGCCCAUCUUUCUUGGAAGCCGCUCUGGCUGAUUUCAUAGUCACUGCUGAGGAACUGUGCCUGGGAUGGCUUCUCAGAAGAGAUCUGCUCAUAGGGAGGAGGGCUUUGCCAGUUGUGCUUAAUUUAGCAGCAGAAAACCCCUUAUGCAUGGGAAACUGCACAGCUUUGCAGAAACGGCAAAGCUGUUAACAGCAUGGCGAUGGCAAUUGUUAAUUGGAUGCUAAUUGCUGAGGAAGUAAGUGGGGGUUAUUUAUUAGACAUGCUGUUCUUUUCAGCCUAGAUGGGCUCCAGCAGCAGCUCACAAUUAGAAGGCACAUCCCAAUACAAUUAUAGAUGAGCUAUGCAGAGAUAUAUGUUUGUUGGAGUCAUGCUGGGGAACCUAUGGCGUAGCGGGGGCCACUCUGUCCGGCCCAGUGCCGGAUUUACAUAUAAGCUAAACAAGCUGUAGCUUAGGGCCCCACUCUCUUGGGAGGGCCCCCCAAAAAAUUAAAGGAAAAAAACCUGGAUGUACAUUUCCAAAAUAUAAGAUAAAAAACAAAUAAAAUAAAAGCUACAUACAGCAACAGUGUUUUGUGUUGUGUAGGCUCCCAUGAUGUAAGUAAUGGGCGCCGCCUGCUAGCCUGCUCCCUAAAAUAUCACUGCUUUGCUCAUUUCUAUAUAUAGGAUGCCUGCAUUCUGCAUGGACUGUUAUGUGCAAAUAGCUUUAGAUACCUAUUUGUUGUUGUUGUUUAGUCAUUAAGUCAUGUCCGACUCUUCGUGACCCCCUGGACCAGAGCACGCCAGGCACACCUGUCUUUCACUGCCUUCCGCAGUUUGGUCAAACUCAUGUUAGUAGCUUCGGGAACACUGUCCAACCACCUCGUCCUCCGUCGUCCCCUUCUCCUUGUGCCCUCCAUCUUUCCCAGCAUCAGGGUCUUUUCCAGGGAGUCUUCUCUUCUCAUGAGGUGGCCAAAGUAUUGGAGCCUCAGCUUCAGGAUCUGUCCUUCCAGUGCGCACUCAGGGCUGAUUUCCUUCAGAAUGGAUAGGUUUGAUCUUCUUGCAGUCCAUGGGAUACCUAAUAGAUACCUAUUAGGUCUAUAAAUUACCAUAUAGCACAUAUUCAACACAAAAAAACAGCAACAAUUUGUUGUUGACAAAGGACAGCUGGACAUAUAAAGGGCCCCAUUACCUUCAGUAGCUUAGGGCCUCAUCAAACCUAAAUCUGGCCCUGGUCUGGCCCUUGGGGCUUUGCUGGGCUAUGUCUCUCUAGCGCCCAGGAUUCUUUGGGGGAACGCCAUGGCUGUGGUAUCACAGUGUUUUAAAUGUAGAGUAUGGAUGUCUCCUAGAAUUCCACUGAGCCUCUUGGGCUUGCCAAUCAGAAGGUUGGCGGUUCAAAUCCCUGCGACAGGGUGCGCUCCCAUUGCUCGGUCCCAGCUCCUGCCCACCUAGCAGUUUGAAAGCAACUCAGAGUGCAAGUAGAUAAAUAGGUACCACUCCGGCGGGAAGGUAAACGGCGUAUUCGUGCGCUGCUCUGGUUUUGCCAGAAGCGGCUUAGUUAUGCUGGCCACAUGACCCGGAAAAACUGUCUGCGAACGAACGCCGGCCGGUAAAGCAAGAUAAGUGCCGCAACCCCAGAGUCAUCCGUGACUGGACUUAACUGUCAGGGGUCCCUUUACCUUUUUAUGGAUGUCUCCUAGGAUUCCAGCUCUUCCUGAGCCUGGACACAGGCAAAAUACCCUUUAAUUCCCUCUUUCGUGCUGCAAAUAGCUAUAGAGGCUCUAUCACUGUGUGAGCUCCUGAGGGUGAGCUCUUGAGGGUGCCUGAGGAGGGGGGGGGGCCUUGAAAGAGCCUGUGUUGGGGGUGGAGGUGAUUAAAGACCCCUUUGUGUGUGAUGUGGGUGUAACUUAUCUGAGGGAGACAAUUUUGCAGCCCUUCAGACCUGUUAAAAGUUAGUUGCAGAGCAGAGGAUUAUGGAGAAUGACAUGGGACUCAUGGUGGGUGUUUUCAUUCUGGGUUAAUUAGGGUCUUGAGAUUUCUGCUCUUUGCUGUGUCACAGCUGGAAAGGAUUGGCGAAAGGGGGGAGGCGGGGAAGGGGAAUACUUGCAGCCCCGUGGAAAGAGGCAAUAAACAGUCUCAGAUUAUUUCUUAGGCAUUGCCAGAAUUCCUAUGUGUUGCCUCAUCAGAUCCUGCUGCCUAAACUGCAGUGUGAUUGACAUCAAGGGUACUUGCGGACGAGGCCAUCGUUUAGACUUUAUUUGCGAAACUCUGUUGCUGCAUUCUUGUUUAGCUCAAACCAGAGUCACAUGCAACAGCAGUUGCUGCAAAGAGCAUUUUGUUCCUUUGGCAGGAAUCCAGAUGGCUCCCAUGAAGAAUCAGAUUGGUGUGUUAAGAUGGGUGUGUGUUUUUAAUUCUGAAAAUCCUCGUGUCUUGGCCCAUACAGUGGUACCUCAGGUUAAGUACUUAAUUCGUUCCGGAGGUCCGUUCUUAACCUGAAACUGUUCUUAACCUGAAGCACCACUUUAGCUAAUGGGGCCUCCUGCUGCCGCCACGCUGCUGGAGCACGAUUUCUGUUCUCAUCCUGAAGUAAAGUUCUUAACCUGAAGCACUAUUUCUGGGUUAGUGGAGUCUGUAACCUGAAGCAUAUGUAACCUGAAGCAUAUGUAACCUGAGGUACCACUGUAUGUCUAAACCACAUUAACAGUUCCCCCGAAGACUCAUGGGAACUGCAGUUUACCCCUAGCAGAGCUGCAGUUUCCAGCACCCUUAACAAACUACAGUUCCCAGGAUUCCUUGGGGGGAACCAUAACUGUUAAAGUGGUAUAAGUGCUUUAAAUGGAGGUUGUGACCUACUGUAUCUGUUAAUCAGGGAUGCGGGUGGCGCUGUGGUUUAAACUACUGAGCCUCUUGGGCUUGCCAGUCGAAGGGUCAGCACAGGCUUCCUCAACCUCGGCCUUCCAGAUGUUUUUGGCCUACAACUCCCAUGAUCCCUAGCUAGCAGGACCGGUGGUCAGGGAUGAUGGGAAUUGUAGUCUCAAAACAUCUGGAGGGCUGAGGUUGAGGAAGCCUGGGUCAGCAGAUCGAAUCUGUGUAAUAGGGUGAACCCCCGUUGCUUUGACCCAACUCCUGCUAACCUAGCAGUUGUAAAGUAUACCAGCGCGAGUAAAUACAGUGGUACCUCGGGUUAAGAACUUAAUUCGUUCUGGACGUCCGUUCUUAACCUGAAACUGUUCUUAACCUGAAGCACCACUUUAGCUAAUGGGGCCUCCCGCUGCCGCCACAUCGCUGCUGCACGAUUUCUGUUCUCAUCCUGAAGCAAAGUUCUUAACCCGAGGUACUAUUUCUGGGUUAGUGGAGUCUGUAACCUGUAGCUUCUGUAACCUGAAACGUCUGUAACCCAAGGUACCACUGUAAAUAGGUACCGCUGCAAUGGGAAAAUAAACAGCAUUUCCAUGUGCUCUGGCACUCAUCACAGUGUCCCGUUGCACCAGAAGCGGUUUAGUCAUGCUGGGCACAUGACCCAGAAAGCUGUCUGUGGACAAACACUGGCUCCCUAACCUGAAAGCAGAGAUGAGUGUCCUGCGCCAUGGUCAAAUUUGAUGGUACUUAACAAUCCAGGGGUCCUUUACCUUUUACCUUUACCCAGGGUUGUUGUUAAAAGACAGCCCAGAACACUCAAGGCGCAAGUCCUGUGCACAGAACCCCAAUCUCUUGCCUCUUCCCCUUUUAAAAAACCCUCAAAUUUCCUUUACUUUGCUUAUAGGGCAGCUGAGCAUCCUGCAGAUUGCAGCACCAGUGAGACCAACUUAAUUUGUCUGGGCCCCAAUCCACAUUCAAUGUACUGAGCCCAGAAAACCCUGUUGGCACCUGAGAGCUCAGAGCAAGCCCUGAUGGUGAAGGGCAGAGCUCGUUUCUCCGUGUUCCUGCAUUGCAAAUAUAAUGCAAUAAAUUGUAUGUAUCUAAGAUGGCUUUCUCCAACCUGGGAAGCAGGAGUUUAUGAGAGUUGUAGUCCAGAAUGUCUGACGGAUGAAAGCUGACCUAGGAUCACCACAUGUGCAAAGGACAUUGCUGAUAUUAUUAUUUAUUAAAUUUAUAUAUAGCCCUUCAUUCGAAGAUCAUAGGGUGGUAUACAACACAGAAGCUCUGUUGCUUGAAGAAACGAUUGUUUUGUGCUACUAGAUAUGCCUUGGCUGGUUUUAUACGUAAUGUUGCUUGCUUGAACUGCAUAAUUAUAUAGUGCCCGGAUACUUUUAUUAAUUCAUUUCUGCCAGCCUGGCUUCAAAGAGCUCUUUGCACAUCUGCCAGCAAAUAAAAAUGAGAAGCCGUAAACUUCCUUUCUGCGCUGCGUAGAAACUGUUAAAAAGCACGAAAGAGCAGACAAUACAAAGCACAGAAGCAGCAAUAAAAUACGUCUCAAAUCGCUUCCCAGAAACUGAUAAACAUUCAGCCCUAACUAGACUCCCACAAUCUUCCUGGAUUCUAAACCAAGGAACCCAUGUAAUCCUGUAAGUCUUUCCAAAUGAGUUUGUUUAUUGUGCCCUUCUGAUGAGAGAUGUUUCGUACUUAAAUGCAGCAGCAACAUAAACGUUACCCAAAGGACCUCUGGCUCGCUUCUGGUAUUCCUGAGAGAAGCACCACAGCUCAGUGGCAGAGUGUUUACAUCACAUGGAGAAAGCCCUGGGUUCAGUCUGUGGCGUCUCCAGAUAGAUUCUCAUCUGAAAUCUGCCCGUCAGCGCAGACAGUAGAGAAGCAAGAUCAAUGGUUCUCAACCUGUGGGUCCCCAGAUGUUGUUGGACUACAACUUCCAUCAUCCCUGAGCUCUGGCCUUGCUAGCUUGCUAGUUCAACAACAUCUGGGGACCCACAGGUUGAGGAAGGCUGAGGUAGAUGGACCCAAUGGUCAGACCCCGUAUAAGGCAGAUUCCCUGGUUCCUAUGUUGCCAGAAAGGCUUUCAUAGGGUGGUGGCAGCCGUCUCUCCUACAUGGAGAUGCUAAGGACUGAAGCGGGGACCUUUUUCAUAGAAUUGUAGAUGAUGAUGAUGAUGAUGAUGAUGAUAAUUUAUUAUUUAUACCCCGCCCAUCUGGCUGUGUUUCCCCAGCCACUCUGGGCGGCUUCCAACAGAACACUGAAAUACAAUAACCUAUUAAACAUUAAAAGCUUCCCUAAACAGGGCUGCCUUCAGAUGUCUUCUAAAAGUCUGGUAGUUGUUGUUCCCUUUGACAUCUGGUGGGAGGGCAUUCCACAGGGCAGGUGCCACUACUGAGAAGGCCCUCUGCCUGGUUCCCUGUAACUUGGCUUCUCGCAGCUAGGGAACCGCCAGAAGGCCCUCGGCACUGGACCUCAGUGUCCGGGCAGAUCUGGAAGGACCGCGAGGGUCAUCUCGUCCAACCCCAUGCAAUGCAGGAAUCUUUUGCCCAACGUGGGGCUCGAACCCACAACCCUGAGAUCAAGAGUCUCAUGCCAAAGCAAGUGCUCUACGAGUGAGCUACAACCCUUCCCUUGCUCUUCCGUGGUUAAAUGAACUCUACAGCCUGUUGGCAACCUCUGGUGGUGCAUGUGCUGGCUCAUUCUGGUCCAGUUUGGAUGGGAAGGCGUGGACACCCCACCUAGAGCAGGGGAGGAAGAGUGAGGCUAAUGGCUGAGCCAGCAUUCACUUCUUUGGUGCAUACAAUGAUCAUGCACCGGAGUGGGCCAUAUUCCUUAUCUUUUUUCUUUUUCUUUUUUGCGGAGUGAAUUUGUAUUUAUUUAUAAAAAUAUUUAUAUCCUGCCAUAUCAUUUUUUUUAAAAGAGCAGUUUACAACAAUAUACAUAUUUUUUUAAAAAAUUGAAACUUAAAAAAAUUUAAAUCAGAGACCGUCACCUUACUAUUAUGCAAAUAUGUUUUCUUAAGGGCCUGCGUGAGCUUGACGGCACAGAAAAAGUUCAGGUUGAAACAGAAGGAGCCUGCUGAAUCUCUAGUGGCAGGGAGUUCCACGGGGCUGGCUGGGCCAAUGACACUGAAGAUUUGGUUUCUUGUUGCCAUAUUCCUUUUCUGAGAAACUUUUUCUGGGGGGGGCGCAUACCAGUGGUGAGCGGAGCCACAGGGGAAAGUGUGUGGAGCCAUAAACGUGACUUCCACCCGUGCCCAUUAGGCUAUUUUCUCUCUCUAUGCUCCCUCCAGGCAAACAUGCAGAAUGAUGAAGAGUUCAGGGGCUUUCCAGCUAGGCAAAAACACUCAGGGCAGUGGAAAGCAGGGCUGGUAAUAGAUGUGACUCAGGAGUGUGGGUGGCCCUGGAGAUAUCCCCAAGGACCAGAUAGAGUUUUUUGGGGGGCUGCAUUCGGGGCCUGAGGUUUCCCAUCCCUGGUUAUGAAGACAGAGGAAGCUGUGCUCAUGUGGGGCAAUGAGAACCCAUUAGGACUUCCCCUCCUCAUUUUUCUUUGGGGGGGGGGAACGACCCAGCCAGGUGGGCAUGGUAUAAAGAACAAAAUCGCCGCCAUCAUUAUUUCUAUUGCUUCUGUAUUUUUUCAUUUUCUGAGUCUUAAUAAGCUUGAAAGAAGUGGUAAGUAGCUCGCAUGCUAAUAAUAGCUGGCACCUUCCCCCAGAGCUAUUUCUGGAGCAAGACUACAGUCCACAGCACACACAAGACGCUGUUCUUUUUCAUUUUUGGCACAUCCUUUGAACGCAGUAACCCCCUCUUUGCCAUCCUCCUCCUUGCGGAUCUCUCGAAAAGCAUCGUUUUCCCCCCUCGACGCAGCAUCUCUGUUAAGUAGGAGGAAUGCAUUUAUUAAGACAAUCCUGUCCUUUCCCCCCAUCUUGUCACCUGAUACUCUGCUCCCUUUUAAAUGGUGUUGUGUAACUGGCAAAUCUAGGGACGCGGUGGCGCUGUGGGUUAAACCACAGAGCCUAGGACUUGCCAAUCAGAAGGUCGGCGGUUCGAAUCCCCAUGACGGGGUGAGCUCCUGUUGCUCGGUCCCUGCUCCUGCCAACCUAGCAGUUCGAAAGCACGUCAAAGUGCAAGUAGAUAAAUAGGUACCGCUCCAGCGGGAAGGUAAACGGCGUUUCCGUGCACGGCUCUGCUUCGCCAGAAGCGGCUUAGUCAUGCUGGCCACAUGACCCGGAAGCUGUACGCCGGCUCCCUCAGCCAAUAAAGCGAGAUGAGCGCCGCAACCCCAGAGUCAGCCACGACUGGACCUAAGAGCCAGUGUGGUGUAGUGGUUAAGAGCAGUAGUCUCGUAAUCUGGGGAACCAGGUUCGCGUCUCCGCUCCUCCACAUGCAGCUGCUGGGUGACCUUGGGCCAGUCACACUUAUCUGAAGUCUCUCAGCCCCACUCACCUCACAGAGUGUUUGUUGUGGGGAAGGAAGGGAAAGGAGAAUGUUAGCCGCUUUGAGACUCCUUAAAGGGAGUGAAAGGCGGGAUAUCAAAUCCAAACUCUUCUUCUUCUUCUUCUUCUUCUUCUUCUUCUUCUUCUUCUUCUAAUGGUCAGGGGUCUCUGUACCUUUACCUUUAACUGGCAAAUCUACCACUGUCUUCCCUUCUGCAAACAUUCCUAGCACCAUUUAGGGCUGGUUUAGAAUGUAACCAGAUUCCUCCACACGACGACUGCCAUAAAGAGUUUGGGUGAUCUGUACAUGCAUCAAGCAACCUCUUGCCCAGUGAGAAGCCAUGUUCGAUGGAGCCUUCCUCCAUGGUGUCCGUCGUGGUGGAGUAGCUUAGAAAUCAGCCUCUGGGUUAAACUCCAAGUAAUAAGAAUAUGAAAACAUGAAAAGGGUCUCUGCAUCAGGCCAAUGGCUCAUUGGGUCUCACGUCCUGUUCUCACAAUGCCUGUGAGAUGCCCACAAGCAUCUGGGCACAUCAGCACACUAGUGAUGCCCAGUGGCUGAUUUUCAGAUUCAUGGUGUGUCCCAACUGUGGAGGCACAAUGUAGCCAAAUGUUGACCAGCCACCCAAAAACCCAACCUUUUCUGCUCGCGUCAAAGUAUUUUAAUAAUAAUUUUUUUACUUGUUUUCACAUUUUUAUACAUAUUAUCUUUCACAUACAGUGGUACCUCGGGUUGCAGACGCUUCAGGUUACAUAUGCUUCAGGUUACAGACUCCGCUAACCCAGAAAUAUUACCUCGGGUUAAGAACUUUGCUUCAGGAUGAGAACAGAAAUCGUGCUCCGGCGGCGCGGCGGCAGCAGGAGGCCCCAUUAGCUAAAGUGGUGCUUCAGGUUAAGAACACAUUCAGGUUAAGAACAGACCUCCAGAACGAAUUAAGUUCUUAACCCGAGGUACCACUGUAUAUCCAAUUACAAGGUUCCCUGAACCUUCCGACUUCCUCCCCUCCCUCCCAUGGGUUCUUAAAUUAAAAAUUAUUAUUUUUGCAUAUUAUAAUUUUUCCAGCUACUAUGUAUCCCUGUUUUAUCAUAGUCAAUUUCACAUUACAAAUGUCAUUACAACGCUACCAGUGUUUUUAACUGCUUACAGUGGUUUUUCAAGUAAACCAUGAAUUUACUCCAGUCUCUAGCAAAUACUUGAUCUUCUUGGUUUCUGAUCUUCCCUGUCAGUUUCACCAUUUCUGCAUAAUCCAUCAAUUUUGUCUGUCAUUCUUCCUUUUUUGGUAAUGCUGCUUCAUUCCGUUUUGGGGCUAGUAGCGUUCUUGCUGCCGUCAUUGCAUACAUAAAAAGUCUUUUGUCUUCUCUUGUUCCUUCUUUCCCUAUUAAACCUAAAAGAAAGACUUCUGGUUUUUUAACAAAUGUAUUUUUAAACAUUUUCUUUAGUUCAUUAUAAAUCAUUCCCCAGAAGCUUUUUACCUUACAACAUGACCACCACAUAUGAAAAAAGUACCUUCUUUCUCUUUACAUUUCCAACACAUAUUUUAUUUAGUUUUAUACAUUUUUGCAAUCUUACUUGGUGUUAGAUGCCAACGGUACAUCGUUUUCAUGUAAUUUUCUUUCAACGCACAGCAUGUUGUAAAUUUUAUUUCUUCUCUCCACAACUUUCCCCAAGAUGAAAGUUGGAUGUUAUACCCCAAAUCACUAGCCCAAUGUAUCAUCACUGCCUUAACUUCUUCAUCCUUUGUAUGUCAUCCAACAUGCAUCAGAGUAUUUUAAGCAAGGUGGAGGAAUGAUUCUACGAACAAGGUCUAUAAAACUUGGUUUCGUCCUUGGCGCUUUGGCCAGCCACCCAGUCCCUGAAGGGUUUUCCCCAAUUUCUCAGACUUGGGAAAGUUUUUCAAAAUGGAAGAAACCUCUCUAAAAACCUGACACGUCGAUCUCAUUCCUCCACCAUUAGGAACUCAAUACCUCCCUUGGAUUAAUGGCAACAAGUGAAUAUAAUGUAGAGCACUGGUUUAAAUUUUUUGAGAACAAACUUUUGAUUUACUAAGGAAGGCUUUGCUCCCAUCAUGGAGUCCUGCAGUGCAGAGUUGUGCUUAAGACCUUUUCAAAGACUGUGCUAUUUUUGUGUGUCAAAGAACCAGCACAUACUUCAGCCUUAUUAGGUGAUCAUCCUGUGGGCAAGAGUUUUGGUAGAAGUUGAAUUCCGAAUUACUGUGCUGUAGCCUGCAAGGGAUUUUAGUGGUUCCCUACUGGAUGGAUAUUUCAAAGUAUGUGUGGUGCCUUACAGGUGGGAAAAACCAGUUAUGUUGGGGAAAAGAAAAGAGAGUUUGCUACAUAAUGCAUUAAUAAAUGGAGUGUGUGUUUAUUUUUAUACUAGAUUUUUUUUCUAUGUGUCUCAUAGAUCUGAUACAUAUAUUAUUUUCUCAAGCUUGGAAUAGAAGGAAAUAGUCCUGUAUUUACCUUUUACACAACACAUCGUUUGUGAGAAGGAGUGGUCGAUACAACCAAAUUUUAAUGCAUUGAAAUUGCAACAAUUUGGAAUUAUUUGGGUAUUGGAAACCGUGGCUUGAAGUAGGUUCCUAGUUGUGGUUUGUGGGAAACUGUGGUUUGCACAAACCAUAAACUGCACAGUUGUGGCAAACUAUAUCCUGUGAAAACUCAAAAGUGAGGGGUGGGAUGGGAUAGGAGCUGGAGGAAUGGGUGUACCAGCAAGGAGCCCCUUCACCUAAAAAGCAACGUUAAACCUUGACAUAUUCUAAAGAUGGAAUUGCUUUCUUAAAAAAGCAAACAAAACCCCCAAUGCAGUAUGUUUUUUCUUUUCCUUUGGUGCAUGAUGUAUGGUUAAGAAAAACCAUGCUGAAUCAGGCCAACAGUCCAUCUAGUUCAGCAUCCCUUUCUCACAGGGACCAGAUGCCCAUGGGAUACCGGGCAAGUAGGACCCGAGUGCAACAGCACUCUCCCUACCUGUGAUUCCCAGUAAGUGUUAUUCAAAGCCCUUUGUGGCUUAGGGCCCUCGUAUUUACAGGACCGCCUCUCCUGGUAUCCUUAAGGUCCAUGAAUAACCAUAGUUUAGAGGUCCCAGGCCCUAAGGAAGUCAGACUAUCCUCCACCAGGGCCAGGGCCAGGGCCUUUUCAGUGAUGGCUCCGACCUGGUGGAAUGCUCUGUCCCAUGAGACUAGGGCCCUGCAGGAUUUAAUCUCCUUCCGUCGGGCCUGUAAGACAGAGCUAUUCUGCCUGGCCUUUAAUUUGAAUUCAGCCUAAUCUUUUAUUUCCCUGCUGUUCCCCUCCCUCCCCUUUUAUGAAAAUUACCCGCUCUGAGACCCCACAGCUAAUUCUCCCCUGGCCUCCUCGCUGGCCCAAGUAGGACCAAUUCAGCCAGCUAGCCCUGGUGACUAUCUAAUGCUUAUUAGAUGGAUUUCCCCCGAACUGAUUUCUGAACUUUGAAUUUUAUUGUUAUUCAUGUUUUUAUACUGCUUUUACAAUUAAGUGUUUUAAAUUUGUUGUUAGCCGCCCUGAGCCCGGUUUUUGAACCGGGAAGGGCAGGGUAUAAAUAAAAAUUUAUUAUUAUUAUUAUAAAGGUGUACAGUCCCUGACAGUGAAGACAGAGCACAACCACCCUGGUUCAUAGCCACCGAUAGCCUUCCUAUUCAGGAAUUUGCCUAAUCAUUUAUUUAUUUUUUUAAGCCACCCAAGUUGGUGACUUAUCACUGCAUCUUGUGGGAGUGAGAUCAUCUUACGGCUCAGCCUAGCAGCACUGCCCUAUUUUGCAAAUCCGUUUCAUAAAGGGGCAUUGCAACUUGAGUGCAACGUUCCUCCUUUACUAAUAUCUGAAGCUUGGGUAGCAUUUUUGCAGACCUGUCUUCUUCUGCAGAAGCUAUUUCUCUCCCUGAUAUGCAGGGAGUUCCAUCUGUAAGAAGCAGGCGUGGGAGCUUCGGAUCCAUGCUCUCGGACUUCACGUGUCUCUCCUCUUCCUCUCAUCGCUCCCUGGGAGGUAUUUGCAAUGGAAGGACUUUGUGAGCUAUCCCUGUGGCAGCCGGCAGCCUUGACCAGCCUGCCACACCUCUGUGGUCUGGAUUUGAAGCCAGCCCUGGAGGCGAAAAGAAAACACUUUCAUUAGUCGAGCUCAGGAAACUGAUGGGUGGAGUAGUUUCACUCUUAAUUAGCCCAGACUUUUGAAGGAAAGAAGGGAGGAGAAAGCCUUGUCCUUUUUCCUCACUUAGUUUCCCCACUCGCUUCCAGUUGGCAGUGAAGGCCUGGUCCAUUAGGCCAUAUGGGGCGCUGCUCCAUCAACCUUAGCCUGCCCCCAGCCAGCCAAUUGGGUCAACCUUAUUUUCUUUUUGUCAGGAGUGAGCCUGCAGUAAAUCACACUGUGUAUGUUGGGGUUAACUCUUAUUAGCAAGAACACAAUCUGCACAGAGGAAUGUCUGGCCCAAGGAGCACAGUAUCUCAUCCCUGGUAGGACUUGCCCCGUGAAUCGGUUGCCGAGACUGAAAGUCCCUACAAAUCCUCCUUUCCAGGGUCCUUCCCAAGCAAUCAGAGACUGUGCCUUUGUGUCACCAGUCUCUCUGCUCUUUUCAUGCCUUUUCUGUUUCUGGGAGACAAGGGGAAGGGAGCUUGUUGUAGCAGGAGAGGGACCAUGCCUCUUCAGCAUCCUGACUCAUCUUUGCCUCUUGGCUUCCUUCUGAUUCUGGACUUGCCUCUGCCACAGACUCUGCCCCUGCUCCCCUCUCACUAAGCCCUGUUACCUCUUUAGUUUCUGACACCUCCUCCUCCUCCUAGCCUUCUCCCCCUGACCACUAAGGCAGUUGGAUGGCACCUCCUUCUGGCAACUCCUGCAGCCAAACUGGUGCAAAACAUAUUGCUCUGCUUUCCUUGGACCACACCAGCAAGGUUUGUCAUCUGUGCAGCCCAGGCCCUCUCUAUACACUGCCCAGGCUUGCACCCCAGGGAGGUCACUUUGGUGCUGCUAACACAGUGGUUUGACUUCACCUCUGGAAGUUCACUCCAUUGUCUCCUGAGACAGACAAAUGCCAGUACAUUGUUCUACAAUGCUUUACUGAUGCGACUUCAUUAUUACUAUCCAGAAGGGCUGCAGCAGAACAAAAAUGGGACCAAAAAUAACCAGGAAUAUAUAUAUUUUUUGCGUGAAAAGUUACGGGAUUUCAGGAUAUGCACUAACUGGAAAUGAAGCAGUGUGACUGCCCAGAAAUCUUUGCAGGUGCAAAUAGCAUCGACAGCUGGAUCAUUUAUAACCUCCCCAUCAUGGAACACAAAUAGUCACAAAUGCAGAAUAAAAAGAAUGGCUAGAUGCCCCUGUCGUGUUGCAGAAUACACCAGUCUGGAAGGACACUAAUUCUUCACUUUCAGAAAUAUUUAUCACCGGUUUCGGAUGUUUAUUCAGAGGAAUAUUAAUUUAUCCGUCACCAGAGGUGCAGGCUGCUUGAGACUGGUCCCCAAGCUAGCUUCUCCCAUCCUGUCCAUUUACAGUGCCAGCCCUGCUCAGGCAGCGACAGAACUGUCUCGUGUGCCUUUGGACCGUUCCCUGCGAUGUGCAAUCUCUCUUUCUUGUUCAGCUCAGCAGAAGUACCUAAUUGAUACAAUUGAGCAGAUAUCGAAGGCGUAUUGCAAAUUGUAGGUAUCAGGAGCAAAUUGCUGGUUCGUGCCUGAAGACGGAAAUUCAACAGGAAAAAAAGAAAGACAGACGCAAAAUAAAAAUGGAUGGGCUGGAACUUGAUGGAUUCACCGUCCUCUGCAAGAAUUUAUUGUGUGCGGUAACAAAAGAAGGGACCACCUGUUUUAUAGAAUCUUUUGAUAUAGCAAGAAAUUUGGGGGAAGGAGCAUCGUCCUAGAACAAGGUGUGAUACAGUAUUGUAUUGCUUUAGAACUGAGAGCUAUAAAUUAAGGGUUUUUUAAGUGGCCACUGUGGCUGUGUUGCACCUCCACUGUCAUAGGCAGUUUGCUUCUGAAUUCCAGUUGUUGAGAACAGGGAAUGUUGCAAGGAAUGUGGUGGUAUGGACUGUUCCUGUUCAUUGCUUUUGUUCAGUGCUCCAGCCACACCCCUUUCCAGGAUACUCCAUCCGGAACCCCACCACCAGAUGCUCCAGGUCACAGCUUGGGUAAAUUAAAUUGGAAUAAUCACUUACAGUUUCUGGAGUUUGAAGGUUUUAUUCAUGCAGGAACUAUUUACAAGAUGAGCGGAGGUGAGAGAGAGAAAGCAGUAGACAACUUACCUGGUGUGAGCAGCUUAGCUUUUAGAGGUGGAGCUACACAGUGCUUUUGUGGGGUUUAAAGUAACAUGUGCAUUAACUACAAACUCAAGAAAAGGAAAUGUGUUUGCUUUUCUCCAACAACUAAACAUGCUCAGUCCUCAUUAGGUGAGCUGCCAGUUAAAGGGGGAAGAGGCUCUUAAUUUAGAUUUAUUAGUAUUAUUAUUAUUAGUAGUAGUAGUAGUAGUCUUUCUACAAACUGGAUUUUCUUCAAACUGAUAUAUAUCACUUGUGUACAGAUGGUAUCAGUUGGGCUACAUAGGAAUCAGCCCUUAACCCUGGACAUUGCUAAUAGAAGGGUCUCUCCAUAAAGUAUUACAUUUCCUAAAAAUCCAUUUGCAGCCAUGGAUGUUCAGUGAUAUGCCCAAGCAAGAUUAUAGCUGACUGGAUCAUUUAGUGAUCCUGAAACAGCUCCAUUCUGGUUUGAAGCAUUCCUUUUGAAAGAAGUUUGUAAUUCUUUUCCCAUGAUGUCAUCACUGUAACCUUUUCCGAAUUGCUUCCAGCGAGGCUAGUGGGCUGUUCUGACUAAUACUGUCCAUGCCACUCUUCAGAGUAUGAGAAGAUCAGACCACACUUCUUCAUUUGUUUCUUAGGCAGAAAUUGAGAUUUGGAAAGCAUUUUGAAAUGAUAUUUUUUAAAACCCUGUGGCAGUCUUACCCUACAAAUACCCAGAAGAGACUUGCCUCCUUCUCACCAUAGCCUUAAUUAUAUUGUACUUUUGUGUGGAUUUUAGCACAGGUUGUACAAUGACAAUAAAGGUAUUAUUAUUAUUAUUAUUAUUAUUAUUAUUAUUAUUGGCUUCCAGACCCUUGGUCAUCUUGGUUGCCCUCCUUGGCACACGUUCCAGCUUGUCAAAAUCCUUCUUAAAUUGUUUUGCCCAGAAUUGGACACAGUACUCCAGCUGUGGUUUGACCAAGGCAGAAUAGAGUAGUACUAUUACUUCCCUUGAUAUGGACACUAGACUUCUAUUGAUGCAGAGUUUGCAUUCCUUAGGGUUGCCAUAUUUAAAAAAGUAAAGUUCUUGACACCUGCAAAGUUGCUGAGCUUUCUUUAGGAGACCACCAAAAUUGUUGCGCUCCCCCCAAAAUAGUGCUUUUGGAGCUGUUUCCGCUGCUUUUUCCAUCAUGUUGCCAUGACAUCCAGACAUAUUGGGAAUUUUCCUGACGCAUGGCAAGCCUAGCAUUCUUUGCAAAGGAGCCCAGGGUGGCAAACAUAAAAACGUUAUUACAGAACAAUAAUUUUUUUUAAAGUAUCUAAAAAGAUUUCUAACACUUUAGAACAUCUUAAAAAAAAAUGUUUAAAAGCAACCACAUGCCCUCACAGUUAUUCAUUUCCCGGGCUGAUGUGGCCAGUAUCUAUCAAAAUACCUGAGUAAACAGAAUUUUGAAAAAAUAGAAUUCUCCUGAAAGUCAAUAACAAGGGAGACAGAAACACCUCACGAGGGAUGGUGUUCCACAAAUGGCCUGUGAGCACUCCAGUUGGAGAACAGCCUCUUACCAAAGGUGUCAUGGGCUUUGAAGACACUCGAACUCAGAACGCAAGGGAGUAGAAACGUGCUAAGAGGAGGGCACGCUUGGCAAACCCUCACCGGGAUCAACUCCCACCCGGGAACCAAUGUCCCCACUGUGGAAGGAUGUGUGGAUUCAGAAUCGGCCUCCACAGUCAUUUACGGACUCAUUGUUAAAACCGUGUUUAUGGAAGACAAUCUUACUCGACUACAAGUGAUUGCCAAUGAAGGAAGAAUUUCCACAAAUUGAAAACAACCUCCUGGAAGGCCCAUAUUGGGUUAAUGCCAAUGGAACAUCAGUCUUGGGUUUACUUGCAUCUUUUCAAGUGUGCAGGGGAGUAAAGGGAGAAAAAUGUACAUCACAUCAGUGUCAGAAGUGCUAGAAUCUUGUGUGUUUCCAGGAUGUUGAAUACACACCCAUCCCUGCUUGCAAUAUAGGGUUACUGAUUGGCGAUGAGGUCGUUAUGCACUGACUCAAACACAUUUUUAACUUCCUAGACAGUGUUAAAACAGCAUUGUUUUCCCCUCCCCUAAAUCAGUAUUCUUUGCCUUGGCUCCCUGUUAGAGAUGCCAGCUGUGCUUCCACUACCAGCCCUCUUUUACAAUGGCAGGUGACGCCUGAACAUGUUUGAUUCCCUUGUCAAAAUUUGCGAACAAGAUGAACAACACCCAGAUAAUUCACUUCUUUUUCACGGUUGAAGCUGCAUGUGAACGAUUUUUAUUGCAGCGCUGGGAGCCUCAGGGGCCUAGUUUUGCGUUUCCCAGUGGUGGUGGCAGCAGGCUGCGCUAUUAACAUAUUUCCUACGAGUAGAUCCACCCCAAGGAAACAUUUCCUGUCAUUUUUCAUCAGCUAUGUUAGAUCCCAACCCAGACACCCCCUGGGAGAAGCAAGCAGGAAUGCUUUGAAAUUAACCCGGACAGCCAGCAAGUCCAUUAACAAUCAGGAUCUGGUUUGACUUCCUAAUUACAGCCAAUGUUUAUCCUCUGACCUGGGUUUUCAACGCGCAGGAUGCAAGCUCCAGGUCUACAUGUGCCAAAUCUUUCUGUGCCCUGAAGUUUUCCUCCUUUAGCUUUAUAGCACAGGGACAUAGCACAGGGAACUUUCGAGCAAGUCCCGCGUUUAAUCCCUGGGAUCUCCAGCUAGGGCUGCCUGAAAUCUUAGAGAGCCUCUGCCAGUCAGUGUAGACAGUACUGAGCUCAAUGCACUAAUGGUCUGACUCAGAAGAAGUCAGCUCCCAAUGUAUACUGUAUAAGACAGCUUUGUACAUCAGGGAAUGGUUGGCAUCCAUCUGUUUCAGGAGACAGUGGAGAAGAGCGCCUUUGGAGGUGAAGUCAAACCACUGGAGAGUUUCAGCACCUGCUGUGGCUGUAGAGACUGAGGUGGGAGAGACAUGUUUUGUUGCAGCUGGGGAAGAUGAAGGCAUGUGGGCACUGUGGUUGUCUGCAAGGGAUUCCCACACUGCAGGGUUGAUGUUGCCAGUCUUCAUGUCUGCAAGGGGUGGCAAACCUGUGGCCUUGCAGCUAUUACAGGACCACAACUCCCAUCAUCUUUAGCCAUUGGCCAUACUGGUGGAUGGAAGCUGGAGCUCCAACAGCAUCUGGAGGGCAUAAAGUCAGCCACCACUGGUGUAUAUAGCUUUACAUGUAAAGACUUAGAUUUAUACAAUCGUAGAAUUGUUGAGUUUGAAGGGACCCAAGGGUCAUCUAGUCCAACCCCUGCAAUUCAGGAAUCUCAACGAAAGCAUCUGUGACUACUCAACCUCUGCUUAAAAUCCUCCAAAGAAGGAGAGUCUCCCAAGGGGGCCCGUUCCAAUGUUGAACAGCUCUUACUGUCAGAAAGUUCUUCCUUAUGUUUAGUUGAAAUCUCCUUCCUUGUAAUUUGAAGCCACUGGUUCGAGUCAGGAGCAGGAGAAAACAAGCUUGCUCCCUCUUCCUAGGACCCUCAUACCUAUGGGGCCGCCUCUCCUGGUAUGUCCCACGGAGGACCUUACAGUCUUCAAACAAAAACAUCUUGGAGGUCCCGGGCCACAGGGAGGUUAGGCUGGCCUCAACCAGAGCCAGGGCUUUUUUGGCUGUGGCCCCAAUCUGGUGGAACGCUCUGUCACAAGAGACUAGGGCCCUGCGGGACUUGACAUCUUUCUGCAGGGCCUGCAAGACAGAGCUGUUCCACCAGGCCUUUGGCCAAGGCACAGUUUGACCCCCUCCUUUGGUAAUCCUCACAGAACUCUAGCCCAAUGGUUGCCAUUAAUUUGAUUUCGAACUGAUUUUAAAAUGAAUUGAUUUUAGAAUGCUGUGUCAAUUUUAUUGUUGUAAGCCGCUCUGAGCCCGGCUUCGGCUGGGGAGGGUGGGAUAUAAAUAAAAUAUUAUUAUUAUUAUUAUUAUUAUUAUUAUUAUUAUUAUUCCAUGCGACAGCCCUUGAGAUGAGCCCUGACUGGGACAGGGUUGGUCCAAUAUGCUUUGCUGCCUGAGGCAAAGGAAAAGAAGGCAGCCAGCCGCCCUCUAGCCCAUGUGCAGAAGCUGAGCAGAUUGGCGGUGGCAUCUUCCUUGAACCCUGGCCAAUGAGAGGUUUCCUUUACCACACCUGAGGGCAGCAGGCUAGCUUAUAGGGCGGGAGGACAAGGACAAGGCAGGUUGCAUGCCACACACACAGCAGCAACAAUUUAAGGGCAUCUGCUGCCUGAGGUGGCUUCCUCUCGCUGCCCAGUGUUGCAAAAAGAGUAAGUGCCAGUAAGGGAUUAUUUGUCCUGUAACCUGACAACGGUAUGGAACGAAAGCUGAAUGACUAGGGCAUUGUGGGUUGUUGUGGUCUGUUUCCCAGGUGGCAAGACAAACUGUUCAGUGUUGGGAUGAAAAUGGAAAAUCCUGUGUGUGUGUGUGUGUGUGUGGAGGAGGGCGAAAGGGAGCAGUGUAAUGAAUAAAGAUGUCGGAAAAUAUUAACAUUUCGAACAGAGGAGGAGUUCAUUUAUAGAGCGCUUCCAUGCCUGAGUCAUGCAGCAGACAUGCCAGAUAUACGGAGAAGAAAAUGAACGAUGUUUCGUUUCCCCCUGGUGAAAUAUAAAAAGGCAAUCAAACGCGUUGUUUUCCAGAUUGCAUGGGGUGCGGGUGGGAAAGAGGGUUAAGUGAAGCAGAGACUAGAAGUGGCCCCUUUAGGGUGGUAGGGGAAAGAUGUAAAAUCUCAUCUAAGUUAAGGAAAUGAGCCCAACUUGAAAGACCUGCACUGAUUACCUAGCUAGCCCAAUUGAAUAACUCAGGUUUGCUGAGGUCUGCAAUAGACUAUGGUCAGUAGUCGCAUCUCAUGUCCUCUGUCUUGUUGUUAACUCUAAAAGCAGCACAACCCUGUUGUGGGGGAAUGCUCUGGUUCUGAUCUGAGCUCUGUCUCUUGGGGAGGGUGUGUUUAACCUUUCCCUCCCAUUCCAUCGCCCCAAUCUUUCUCACGCAUAUCCCCAAUGUUUCUAUCAGCCCUGCGCCGAUAAGAAUGCAAGCACAAUAUAAGCCAGAGAAACCAAUAUGAUGUCUGUUCCCUAUUUUAAAUGUUCCAGUCCUCUUGAUGGGGCCAGACUAGCAGCAGGCCAUGGGGUGAGGUCUGAUGGUUGCGGAGUGGGGCCACAGCGGAUCCUGAUUUCAAAUCCUCCUGUAACCCUCAAGACUGCUUUAUUUGCAGAUGUUUGGCCAACGCUUUCCAGGAUGCAGAUGCCUCGUGUUUGCGGACCUGUGAACUGCUGCCUAACAAUGCUUUUCAUGAUGUGCUGCUCACAGUUAGUAGCCCAUCCCUUUUGCAUGCCAAUUUUAUUUUUAAUCGUCUUUUCCCGCUUGGUAUGUGGGAACAUUUUUGUGAUGAUCAACACGUUGUACUGCUUUUGUAUGCCCCUCUCCUGACGCGCCUUCCCCACCCUUUCCAACUGUGGUUUUCGUUUGUUUGUUCAAUGGCCUCACCACUCCUUCUAAAAGACUGUGUGUGUGUGUUAUUUUGUACCAGAGCUUCUUUUCUUUAGGCCAAUUUAUGGAGCACAAGAAUCAAAUAACUGUAGGGUUGGAAAGGGACCAUGAGGGUCAUCUAGUCCAACCCCCUGCAAUACAGGAAUCUUUUGUCCAGUGUGGGAUUCAAACCCACAACCCUGAGAUAAAGAAUCUCAUGCUCUUCCAACUGAGCUAUCCCUGAGCAGUCUCUGCAGAAGUAAGAAAAGCUUUUGCUAGUCAUUAAGGAUGGUCCACACGCUUUUGGAUCAGACUGAGAGCUAGUCUUCUUCAGCUUCCUCUUCCCCCACAGUGCCGAAGCAGAGGCUUAUGGGAGGCAGGGCUUAGGCCACUAGCCCUCUUCCACUAUUGCUCCCCGAAGAUUAGCUGCCCGUUGUUUCCUGGCCCAAUUAAAGGGGCUCACGUUUCAUGUCCUGAACAACUCAGGUCCCUAAUACCUGAAAAGCCACUUCCUGCAAGACCCCCUUGGGUGUUAAGAUCAGCAGAGAGGACCCUAUUGGCUUUUCCACUGCCCUCAGAAGUUAGGGUGGCAGUGGCCCAGAAAAGGGCAUUCUCUGUGGUGGCCUCUAUGUUGUGAAACUCCCUCGCCACAGAGAAAUAAUAGUAUUCAGAGAAAUAGUAUUCGGAGAGGUACAAACUCUGAUCCUGGAGACAGUAUAUAACCAUGGUGGGUAGCAGCUGUGGAAAGCUCGAAUUUUUUGUAUCUCCUUUUAUAGCAGUCUAAGGUGACAGCCAUCAUCACAUCUUGUGGUAGCAAAUUGCACAUUUUAACUAUGCACCACGUGAAACGGUCCUUAUUUUGGGCCACCCUGAUUCUCCCACAAUUCAAAUUCAUUGGCUUGUCAACAAAGUCAAUUAAAUAAUGCAGAGCACAGAGGGGAAAGUCCUGAUAACACUGGGAAGAAUUCAAUGUUGUGAUCAGCACCAGCAUUUCGGCUUUUUUCAUGGAACCACCUCCCCUCUCUUCCCCACUCAUGCUGUUUAUUUAGAGGCUUCUCCUGAAACCCACCCCCCAGCCAGUCUAGAGGAGGCAAUUGGGGGGGGGGGAUAAAGAGGGGCAAAAGCCCCAUUGUGCUAGAGCUCGUUAUUUGAAUCCGGUGCACUUUACAGAGCAAACUGAAUAAAAAACCCAUGCAUAAUUUGAGAAGAAAGGAGCAGAGAGUUUUUGUCUUUCGCAUGGGUCAGGCCUUCUACAUAGGAGGGGGACAGCCAACCAAACGUACAGAGGAAAACUCCCUCAGAACUGCAUAGCCAGUCAGAGCACGAGUUACCUCAGUAAAGAUCAUGACACUCUGCCUGAUUGCUGAGCAACACCUCCACCACCCUGGUUUAACUGACUUAACUGAUAACAGAGAUAACCCUUAAUUCAGAAACCGAAUGAUCCUUGCCGUUCUAUAUCUGCAAAUAUUGAGGAUUUUUCCAGAACAGAGUUACCUUUCAGCCCUUAAUAUUUUGUAUGCUGUAGGAGAAGAUGCCAUUAGCUGCUUUCUGCUCUCUCUCUCUCUCUCUCUCUCUCUUCCUUUCCUUUCCUUUGAGCCUCCUUUAUCAAACAGAAGUCUCGGUUUACAGAAUGAAUCAAGCAGCGGGGUCCUUAGCAAAUGGCCUGCUUUGGAGUGUGGCCAUUUUGUGGUCCAAGUGAACACAAAAGGGUUCACCGCUCCCAUGUGUGAUUAAGAUCAGGCUUUGGUACCAUAUGUUUCGCCUAUGUGCAGAGGCCUGGUUAAAUGGAGAGAAAAGCCAGUUGUCGUUUCUGAGGCGCCAAAUGAACAACGUGCUUUAAUUUAUGUCCGAGACACAGGCAAAAGGCCUAUAGAAAGGUCAUUAUCCCUCCAUUUCUUUGGUGGCUUAACUGGAAACGAAGAGUCUUGAGGAAGAAGAAGAAAGGGAGUCCUCAAUAAGAACGUCACUGAAAGAAUCGCAUUGUAUAUUUUAAAAAAGGGAAUUGUUUCCCGCAACUAACUUUUCAUGUAAUUUGGCAGGCAUCGGGAGAAACACAGAAGGAUCUCUCUUUGUCGCUGAGACCGACCUGGAAUACAUUUGCCUGUUCUCUUUAAACAGGCAGGAGGACACUGGGCCUUUUGUCAGCCUUCGAAAAAGCCAAAAGUGAAGAUUUGGGGCAGGUUGAGGGAGGAGGCGCAAUAAUCAGUGGAUGCCCCCAUCUCUAAGGAGAUGUUUUCACAUGGGCUGAGGAAAGCCGCCCUGUAGUCUUGUUAGUUAAGCCUCGGAAAUAUAAAGCUCACCAGCUGAGGCGAUUUGAGAUAGCUCAAUUCGUAAGAAAAGGCCCACUGGAUCAGGCCAAAGGCCCAAUGCAGAUGGUUUUUAAAGUGGAAUAAACAAAUUAACUGAGGUUAUACAAUCCAAAUCUUUUUUACAGUCAUAGUCCAGCAGGCAUAGACCCCUCUGUGGAGGUUAUCAGAGACUGACUUUGAGCGAGCAGAGAUGGCUUUAAGGGGGGAAGUGGUCCAGAUACCCUUUCAUGAACAUAUGGGAAAAUACUAUAUGGGAUGCCACAAUGUCCGAUCAUCUCACCAGGAACAGGAGGGCAAUUGACGGCAUAACGAAUAAAGACACCUUCCAACUUUCUCUUAGUCUGUCAGACUAAGAGAAAAAGACAACAGCGACUUUGAAAAAAAAUGGGAAUGUUAUGUACUGAGUUGAAUAGGAUCCAAAAUGCAGCAGUCUGAUUGGUCCUAGAACAAUAGGAUUCAGAAUGCAGCAGUCUGAUUGGUCCUAGAACAAUGCAGCAGUAUGAUUGGUCCGCAGUAGCCAUCCAAUCCAGCUCUAGAUGGAAGUGAAUCCACAACCUGAUUGGCCUGCAGGAGAAUUCCGGAAUUAGCCAAUCACGUGCAGCCCACUGUGUAAAUAAUGUAUAUAAAGCAGAUACUUUGGGGGAACUUCCAUUCCUCCUCACCACUAUGAGCUGAAUAAAGAGCAUGCAAUCCACUCUCAACUCUUGAGUAUAUUUCAAUUAUACUUGCAGAUACAAACAAGGUUGAUAGACUUGAUGGCAGGAUUUAAAUAAACAUUCACACUAUUAGUAUUAGAAAAUGUUUAGAAGCUAGAGAAAUAUUAUGGUGCAUUUACUUUUAUUUUUAUGUUUGAUGUUAUGUUGUUAAUGUUAAGUUUGAUGUUAUGUUGUUAAUAACUUUUUCUGUUAGGAGGUAGAAAAGUCGUUGAAAAGAAAAACAAACCAGAAGUGGAUGUUGGGGGAAGCCUAGGAGGGGAGGGAGGAAGGAAUACAUAGUAAAUGUUAAGACUUUGAGAUGUAUGUAAUGAAUGAAAAAGAAAAAUGAGUAAAAAACAUUUUUAACAAAAUAUACCUUCCAACUUUAACUAUGUGAAUGAACAAAAUCAAGACCAGUAUACAACAACCGCUCAAUAUUUGCAGAGGGGAGGUUAUGUUAGGUAAUAUGGUUGAACAUUGAACAUAUGUCUAGAGUCAAUGGAUAGAACAAACACCAUUAGAUGUACUGCUCGAUAAGUGUUUAAUGGUUCUUGUAUUUGUUCAAAAAUCAAUAAAAAUCUGUUUCGAAAGAAAAGGUUAUCGGCAGCUACUAGUCUACUUCCAACACGCCUUGAACUAGCCCCACAGAGCAUCUGCAUUGCUUUAUUCUCCAUGAGUUCAUCCAAGCCCCUCCAUAAAGCCAAUUUUGCUGUGCGCUGUGUAAAGCAGUGCCCCUUUCUGCUGUCCCAAAAAAUUCAGCUUUGUUGAUGGGCCCUGGGUUCUAGUCUUUGGGAAGGGCCAUAACUCAGUGGUCAGUGUUUUGCAUGCAGGAGGUUUGAGGUUCAAUCCCUGACACCCCUAAAACCCCGGAGGGCAGCUGCCAGUCAGUGUAGACAAUACUGAGGUAGAUGGGUCAGUGGGCCUGGCUUGGUAGAAAACUGCUUCCUUUAUUAUGCGAGAGGAAGAUAAAUGUCUCUCUAGCUUCUUCUUUUGCGGCUUCUAACAUCAACCAGAGUGAAUAGCUAAUCAUGAACCACGUGGUUGAUUUUUAAUAGGUUUAGGACCAUUUCCCCUCCUUCCUUCACGCAGUUGGCAUCACCCAUAGUUGGUUGAGGCACAUUAUCUGGACUCUUGCCGAGUUAUCUGUUUGGAGCGCAAGGUCAAAAGGGAGCAAAGUUCACCUCUCAGGCUUGGCUCCACUCCUCUUCUGACACACAGAACAUUUCGUGUCAGCAUUUGCGGAAUUUAAAAUGCUUCGCCAGGAAAUCGCCACAGGAAAACCCACUCCUUUUGGCCACCUUGCCAUUUAUGAUAUUUCCCUUCGACCUCGGCAGUCGUCCUGGCUCCGGGGCCUCAGAUUGGUAGAUCGUAGACGUUAAAUAGGAUUUGCCUGCUGGGAAUGAAACAAUCUCCAGCCGAGGAAUCUCAAACAGCAGGGCCAGGAAAUAUUCUGCUUGAGGUGCGGGGGCUUUUGGUUGCUGAGUGGUUAGCAUAGGAACAUGCAAAGCUGCUUCCAACCAGGUCAAACCAUUAGCUCAUCAAGUUAAAUACCUUGGCUGGCAGCAGCUCUCCAUGGUUUCAGACUAGGGUCUCUCCCAGUCGGGCAGCCUUUGGGAAAUUAAUGAAAGACACUUGGACCUCGAUGGAGCAUCAUGCCUCCUUCCCUAAGUCGGGCAGAAGCUUCCUGCGCUUUGGGAAGGAGGUGCCAGGCUUUAAUACUUUAAUGUUCUAAUUUACAGGACGUGGGUGGCGCUGUGGGUUAAACCACAGAGCUUAGGGCUUGCCGAUCAGAAGGUUGGCAGUUCGAAUCCCCGCGACGGGGUUAGCUCCCGUUGCUCAUUCCCUGCUCCUGCCAACCUAGCAGUUCAAAAGCAGGUCAAAGUGCAAAUAGAUAAAUAGGUACUGCUCUGGCGGGAAGGUAAACGGCGUUUCCGUGGGCUGCUCUGGUUCGCCAGAAGUGGCUUAGUCAUGCUGGCCACAUGACCCGGAAGCUGUACGCUGGCUCCCUCGGCCAAUAAAGCAAGAUGAGCGCCGCAACCCCAGAGUCGUCCGUGACUGGACCUAAUGGUCAGAGUUCCCUUUACCUUUACUCUAUUUUACUGGAAACAUUUAGGGAUAGCCCAGUCCCUAGUCCACUGACCACAUGCCAUUGCUUUCUGCACUUGUGAUUCCCAGCCUAGGAGUCAUAUGGCCUCCAGUAGUGGAGGAAGCAUAUGGCACUAGCUCCCAUUGGCCUCUCGAGGUUUUUCUUUUUGGCUAAAUGCCUGAGGUAUGUGAUGCCUUGCAUGCUGCUUGUCCACCCAAAUCUAGCAAUGGCUGGGCCACUUGUGGCAUGUGAACUUCCACAGCUCUGCUGGCAGUUGCUGGGAGCUGCGUGGCAUCUGCCUCCAGUUAGAAAGUAAGGCACUGAAAUCCCCAUAGGAACAUAGGAAUCUGCCCUAUACAAAGUCGGAACAUUGGUCCGCCUUGUUGGCUGUUUUGCAGAUUAGUUGCGCUGCAGAAGGCGUGCUAGGGAGACCACACAUUUCAAGAAACGCAAAAGUAACUUUUGCUAGGUUUUAAUAACAAAAACAAAAACUCCUUUUACACUAAAUUACAAUAUAUCAAUAAACAUGACCCAUCCACCAGGGUACUGAGAGAGCUACAUGCUGCUCUUUAUAUACCAUACCCAACAGCUUAAUUACCACAACUUAACAGCACCUGCUAUACAGUGGUACCUCGGGUUAAGUACUUAAUUCGUUCCAGAGGUCCGUUCUUAACCUGAAACUGUUCUCAACCUGAAGCACCACUUUAGCUAAUGGGGCCUCCUGCUGCUGCUGCUGCGCCGCCGGAGCACGAUUUCUGUUCUCAUCCUGAAGCAAAGUACUUCACCCGAGGUAUUAUUUCUGGGUUAGCGGAGUCUGUAACCUGAGUCUGUAACCUGAACCUGAACCUGAGGUACCACUGUACUGCUUCACAGCUGUAAAACUAGGUCACGUUAUUUGCUCUGGCCUUUAAAGAAAUACACAUCUUGUGGAACAAUAAUGAACCUUCAAAUUUAAAGAGACCAUUCAACACGCCUAUCUCAAUAUUGUCUGCACUGACUGGCAGCCGCUCACCAGAGUUUCAAAUAGGGUUUCUUCAGGGAAGACACACAGGUUCUGAGUUUUUAAAAAAACCACAGUGUUGCAAAUCGUCUGCGAUGGUUGCCAUGGAACAUAAAUCAAAGCCAAUACUUGAAUAAAAAUAUUUUUCUCGGGUUCAGCCUGAUAGGUUACCACGUGCUGUUCAAGACACUUGAAUUGUUUGUUGUUAUGUGGAAGCCAUGAGUCACGCCACCUCCUGGAAACCUUUUCAAAUGGGUUCUUUAAAAAAAAAAGUGUAUGUUUCAUUUCUCAAUAUUCCAAUGCAAUAACUUAAAUGAAAACAAUAUUAUUUUUGGCACGCCCAUCCCGAUCUGUUUAGUCAUCUCUGUAGCACGUGCUGGCUCAGAGGAAGUUUGUGUGCAGCUGAAUCUGCCAGCAAAGCACUCUCCCGUCCUGUGGUUUCCAGCAACUGGUAUUCAGAAGCAUUGCUGCCUUUGACUGUGGAGGCAAAGCACAGCCAUCUUGGCUAGUAGCAAUUGAUCGCCUUCUCCUUCCUUGGGACUCUGUCCGGGUCCCAUGUCUUCUCCUCCUUUGCUGGCUGUGCUUUCUACCAUCUUGGAGUGAUUUUACCUAGCCAAAAUGUUCCCUUGAACUCUGAUAAGGCCUCGUGCUUGCCUGCGUGGAGGAUAGAGAGAGGUGUAUCAUACCCUCCAACACGUCUAAGGGAAAAACCAGGACGCUAUUUUUCCAAGACGACAUCUUCCCGCUUUUUCUCACAAGGGCAUGGCGGCCAUUUUGGGUGUUGUGAUCUCACACGAUGUGGUGCCGCGAUUCCCUCCCCCCCAAACAGCGGGGUUUUGGGGUAUGGCGCCCCAAAAUGCAUGUUUUGGAAUGCUACGUGAGAUCGCAGCCUCGAGAAAGCACUUUUGGAGUGGGGGAUGGGAAUCGUGGCACAAAAUUGCUUGAGAUCACGAUGCCCAAAAUGGCGGCUGUGCUCUCAUGGAAUAAACAGAGAAUGGCUCUCUCUAAUGUACAUAAAGGCAUCUUGGACAUAGCUGUCGACUUUUCCCUUUUCUUGUGAGGAAUCCUAUUUGGAAAAAGGGAAUUUCCCUUUAAAAAAGGGAAACGUUGGCAGCUAUGAUCUUGGAUGAUGCAGAGGCCUUUGGGACCUCUCUCUGCUCCAGCACCGGGAUGCAUGCCUGAGGGAGAUACUGGCCAUUUUUCUUCUUGGGAUUCCCUUCCAGCUGGCUGAAAUUCCUCCCUGAAAGAAAAAAUACCCCCAGAGAGGCUUCUGUGGUUUAUCACUGAGGCUUCUGGCCUAACCUGCCUCUUCAGCCCUGUGAGGAUUAUUUGGCCUGGGAAGCUGGACUCUCCCUGGCCAAGGUGUCGGAGAAGGGGGUGAUGCCAUGGUUGAGGGGUGUCCGGCCCUCAAGUGUUUGAGCAGGAAGAAUCCCAUCCUUUCCCUGAGCCUGAAGAAGCUCUCUCUCUCUCUCUCUCUUAUAAUAAUAUUAGUAGGUCCAGUGCUUUUUUUCUGGGGGGACGCAGGGGUUCGCAUACCCCUAAACAUUUUGUGAAUCUAAGUUUGGCCUCAUUGAGGGGCAGUAUUUCAAUACGAGUAGGAAAAUGAGAGUACCCCUAAACAUUCUUUUAAAGGAAAAAAAGCACUAAGCAGGUCAAAGAUGUUAAGCCCCUGCAAAGCUGAUUGACAAACUGAUUUAUAUUACUACUACUAGCCUUUAUUGGCAUAAGUUAAAACAGUAAAAUCAUACAAAGUCAUCCAAAUACAUUGAUAAUCCAUACAAUAUAUAAAAGACUACCGGUAAAUAGCCACCAUUGAAUAAAUCGGGCAACUUUAGAUUUAGCUUUAAAGAGCUUGGCUAAGUACAGUGGUACCUCGGGUUAAGUACUUAAUUCGUUCUGGAGGUCUGUUCUUAACCUGAAACUGUUCUUAACCUGAAGCACCACUUUAGCUAAUGGGGCCUCCUGCUGCCACCGUGCCACUGGAGCACAUUUUCUGUUUUCAUCCUGAAGCAAAGUUCUUAACCUGAGGUACUAUUUCUGGGUUAGCGGAGUUGGUAACCUGAAGUGUCUGUAACCUGAAGCGUCUGUAACCCGAGGUACCACUGUACCCCGAAACAAUCUUGGUAGUUUCAGGAGUAUCAUCCCUCAGCAAAUCUUGGAUUACAGACUCUUUGUAAAUCGAUAUUUUGAGCUGUAAGGGAGUCACUGGGAGAUCUCUGCGAUGGGUGACGGCAAUCCAAAAUUAUGUGAUGCAUUGUAUCUGGUGAUUUCUUAUUACAGGAACAGAAAAUCUGUUCUGGAAGGGAAUUUUUUGAAACCUUCCAAACAAUACAGAUGAGGGGAAUGCAUUUAGACAAGCUAGCAUAAAAGCUCUGUGGAGUAUCUAAAUUAUAAAAGUAAUUAGGCAUUACUCCAUGGUGGGGCUGCAAUUCUAAGCAGGCAGGUUAACAUACAAAAGUCUGGUAGUUUUUGGAUUUCAUGACCUAGCAGCCUCUGCUUGAUGAGAGAGAUGAUUUGUGACUCAUCGAAUAGAAGAAGGGAAUCUAUUGCAAUCCCUAUUUGCCUGAGUUUGAGGGUAAUAUCAGAAAACCAUGUAGAAUCAUGUGUAUCUCUCUACAACCUGAUUUAUAACCCUAGCAUGCUGUGAUAACAAAUUUAUUGCAUAGCACUCUGAAGCAUAGCAAGCUCUAUCGUGUUGUUUAUGAUUAAUUCCUCUUGUUUCUUGCGAAACAUUGGAUUUGUAGCAGAUGUUAGUUCUUCUCAAAAGCAGACCUAUUGAAUGGCAGCCUGCUAAGUUUUGCUUAGAGAAGACAUGUAGAAACUGAGCUUUUAUUUAUUGUAAACAAACAAAAACAGGAAUGGUUGACCACAUGAAGCAAAAUCCUUAAAAAAACCUGGGCCUCAGCCAGUGAGAUUCAUGGCUGAACAGGGAUAGGGACCAUUUUGAAGCCUGUGAGCACUUCCAGGGUGAUGUUGGUUUUGGGUAAGAUUUUAAAAUAGGACAUACUGGCAAAUUCAGAUUAGAAUAAUAGAAUUCUAGAGUUGGAAGGUACCACAAAGGUCAUGUGGUCCAACCUGUGUAAUGCAGGAAUCUUUUGCCCAGCAUGGGGCUUGAACCCACAACCCUGAGAUUAAGAGGCUCAUGCUCUACCAACCGAGCUAUCCCCGGUCAAUUGCACAACCGUUGAUGAUUGGGUGCUCAUUCGCAACAAAUCUCCUUUCCCCAAAAGUCGGACUUUCUGCUGUAAGGAAAGUAAUGGGGAAAUGCAUUAGAAAGUAUGGAAUGAGGCAGUGCAUUGGAAACAAAUCAGAAUGUGCACUCGUUCAGUAGCCAAUGGUGGAAUCUAGUCACAUAUAGCGCUGUCCGCAGACACUUCCGGGUCACGUGGCCAGCGUGACAAGCUGCAUCUGGCGAGCCAGCGCAGCACACGGAACGCCGUUUACCUUCCCACUGGUAAGUGGUCCCUAUUUAUCUACUUGCACCCAGGGGUGCUUUCGAACGGCUAGGUUUCAGGCGCUGGGACCGAACGACGGGAACACACCCCGCCGCGGGGAUUCGAACCACCGACCAUGCGAUCGGCAAGUCCUAGGCGCUGAGGUUUUACCCACAGCGCCACCCGCGUCCCCCUAUCUUGCACUUAAAACACGCUUAAAACAAUUUAUUUGCAGCCGUAUAGCUGAGUCCAAUGUCCUCUGAUCUCCCUGCAGACAAAGCAGAGUGAACGUUCAAUAAAAGGUUGUUUGGAAGCACCCUGUGUCAAGAGUGAGGAAGCUGUGACCAUCCCCCAGGUGUUGUUACACUCCAACUCCCAUCAGCCCCCAGCUGGCAUGGCCAGUGGUCAGGGAUGAUGGGAUUUGUAGUCCAGAGUUGCUCCAUCCCUGACAUAGAGUUUAGGCUGGCUCAGUUCUCUGCAGAGCCCUGAAACUCACCUGCUGGCCUCAGCCUCAGCUUCACUCACCUCAGAAGGUUGUUGUGAGAAUGCAAGAGCGGUGGAGGACUCAAAAUGCCUCCCAAGAAGUUCUUAUUCUUUGUGGCGUAUCCCAAAGAGAGUCCACCAAAGUGGAAAUCUAAUAAUACUUCCUUUCUGUUAAGAGAGCCUCUCCAUUCCAUAACUGCUUCAACACAUCCUCUCUUCCUUCCUAGGGAAUGGCCUUUACCCUCGAAGAGAGGCUUCAGCUGGGAAUCCACGGCCUGCUCCCUCCUUGCUUCCUGAGCCAAGAUGUUCAAGUUCUUCGCGUCCUCAAAAGCUACGAGACCAAAUCCAGCGAUCUAGACAAGUAAGCAAGAUGUGAGGAGAGAGCGCUAGGCAAGGGGCUGUGGCCGGAGCUAAACAUUAGGAAGGAUGCAAGUAAGAUAAGGUUGCUCACCCCGAAGAACUCUGCAGAGAAACUUGCAAUAUGACAGCAUGCCUUAAAUUUUUUGCAAUAGCAGAUGGUUGACAGUGGUUAGAAGGUCCCAGGACGGGUCACCAUUAAAAACAGUUUAAAAGAAAUGGCAAAUGCAACUAGAGUGGGUUCAAACAUAUAUAUCUCAGGGAAGAAAUAUAUCUCAAAGAUCAGGAUAAAUAGGUGCAUAUUCUGCAUACUAUGAAAGUUGUGCAAUGAAGGUCCCAGGUGCACCUCUUUGAGGAGAGAGUUCCCCAACUUAGGGGCUACCACAGAGAAGGCCCUCUCCUGGGCCAACACCACCCCAGGCUUCUAAGGGUGUUGGAACUGCCAAGAAGACCUCCUCUGCUGAUCGCAACACCCAAAAGGAAGGAGGUGGUCUCUAGGGAAGGAGGUGGUCUCACAGAUAUUUGGGGCCUAAAUGGUUUAGGGCUUUAUACACCAGUGUAUUGCAGAGGAAGUAGAGUAGGAAAGGGUAGUUGCUUUCAAUGCAGCCAAUGUUUCUGCUUCCAGCCUGAAAUGAAAUGGGGACCAUCCCCCUACCGUAUCCUUAUUAUUGCUUGUGGAGUUGCCAUCGCUUUCCCUCUUUCAGUUCACCUUGAUCUCACAUGGCCUCUUGCACGAUGCUCUUGCAAUCCCUUCUCCAACACCAAUAGCUCUGUAUUCCUCACCACGUAAUAAAACUGGCAGGUAGCCUUUCUCUGGUUAGAGGAUGGAGGGAUGUUCACCCCACCCACCCACCCGCAACUCACCGAGGAGUUAAUAAUAAAUAAACAAAAUUGCACAGAAGCUACGACUUCUCUUGCUUUGCAUACCGUAUUUUUUGCUCUAUAGGACGCACUUCCCCCCCUCCAGAACUGAAGGGGAAAUGUGUGUGCGUCCUAUGGAGCGAAUGCAGGCUUUCGCUGAAGCCUGGAGAGCGAGAGGGGUCGGUGCACACUGACCCCUCUCGCUCUUCAGGCAGCUAUCCGCAAGCCUUCCGAGGCUUGCAGAUAGCUGCCUGUUCUGGGGUCGGGGGAAGCUCAGGCUUCCCCACCCCCAGCCCCACAAGCUCCGGGAGCGGCGGCGAGGUUGCGCUCAAUCUUGCCGCCGCUCCUGGACCUGGGGGGGGGGGCGCAGAAAUAUUUUCCCCCCUUUAUUCCCCCCCCCCUAAAAACUAGGUGUGCCCUAUGGUCCGGUGCGCCCUAUGGAGCGAAAAAUAUGGUAAUUUAUCCUACCAUCUUUACAUCUCUCUGUAAUUUGCUUUGGUUUUCCGAGGACUGGGGAGGGGCAAGGAGCUCUGCCUGCUUGGAAUCUUAGGCUGCAGUCCUGUGCUCACUUCCCUGGGAGUAAGGCUCUCUAGCCCUACCUGGGGUACCAGAGAUUGAACAUGGAACCUCUUGCCUAAUAGCAGCUAUAAGAAGCAUGGGUUGAGUUUUCCCCCCCAAAUCUGGCAGAGAACUGGCUCCGUUGCUUCUGCUUAGUACUGACAAUGCUUCUCUUUUCCUUAUGCUUUUCUUCCCCCCUCCCGCUGCCCCCUGCCAGGUAUAUCAUCCUUAUGACGCUCCAAGACCGAAAUGAGAAGCUGUUCUACCGGGUCCUCACGUCGGAUAUAGAAAGAUUCAUGCCUAUAGUAUACACUCCCACCGUCGGCUUGGCCUGUCAGCAGUAUGGUCUGGCUUUCAGAAGGCCUCGGUGAGUAGACGGGACUAUUUUUAUCUCUCUUACCCCAUCAAUGUGCCACCCCACCCGCCACUCCAUGCUUAAUUGAAAACGAAUGUUCCUUUUGUCAUUGGUACGCCUCUUAAUGUGGGUGGCCCUCAAGAAAAAAAGAAAUGCCCUUCGCGAUUCUUGAUCAAACGAUGCAGCUAUCGAAAACAGUUUGCAUGUGUUUACUUAAUGGCCUGCUGGGGAGUCGUUUUGUUCAAGAACAGGACAGUGCAAUCUAGCUAAAUUUAACUGCAAAAACAUUCUCACUUGAGCCCUCCUCCGUCAGUUCCAUAACCUUUAAGAUUCUUGUUGUCUUGCUGUUCAACCCUUGGGGGUAAACAGUGUUUGCCGUGUGGUUCAGCAAAUGCCUUUUUGCUGCGUCAGGAGACAGAAAUCGCUAUGCCUGUGAACCAGGCCUGCAGACCAUGGGCAGGGGACUUGCUGGCACCUGGGUGGCAAACUUAGCAAGAGUCAGGGCGGAGCAAGGCAAAGGUGGCCUAGAUUGGCAGGCUUGGGACAGCCAAAGAGCCCUUAACGAGAGCUGUCAAUCAGCCUGCCAGCAUCUUCUUCCUGCUUCCUUUUAUAAGGAAAGGUCAAGUAGGGCCAGGGGAGCUAACUUUCCAAGGCACUAGGUCACUGCAUUCUGCGGGAGGAUUUACCCUCCAGCUCCCUAAAACAUCAGAAGCCCCUUCCAUUGCAGCAGGGCCUUCACUGUGCCUGCCCCUGUUCUGUGGAACAGUGUCCCGGUUGAGAUAGGACAGUACUAUCAGAUUCCAGUUGCUGGGAAUCACAGCUAGGAACAGCACUGUUACACUCAGAUUCAGCUUGCAGGCUUUCCAGGAGUGGCGUCUGGUUGGCCGCCGGGAGAGCAAAGUGCUGGACGAGAUGGGCAACUCUCCAUUGGCCGAGCAUGAAACCCUUAAUCUCAGAGUUCUGAGUCCAAGGGGGGUUGGACUAGAUGACCCUCGUGACCCCUUCCAACUCUAUGAUCCUAACUGCUCCAGCAGGCUGUUCUUAUGCGGGCAGCAACUUUUGGAAAACCACAGGUUACUCAUCCUUGGUAUAGAUUCUCCAUGCUUUUAAAAGUAACCCCUGAGGAAGAGGGAACUCCAUUGAUAUGUAUUAGAUCUGUUUCAUAUUCUUCUUAAACUAACCCCACAUUGCUUUGUGAACAUUGACUGGAAAAGAGUCCUGCUGAACCAGGCCAAACGACCCCAGCAACCUCUUUUCACCAGAUGCCUGUGGGAAGCCUGGAAGAAGGAUCUGAGUGCCACAACACUCUGCCCACUUCUGAUUCAGUAUUCAGAAGCAUAACACUUCCAGAACUGGAGACUGACCAUAAUGGCUAGUUCCUGAAUGAUCAUCUCUUAUAUGAAGCUGCCUUUUCUCUGAGAUCAUCCUCAGAGGCCCUGCUUCCGGUGACCCUUCCAUCAGAGGGUAGGCAGGUGUUAGUUGAAGACAGGGCCUUUUCAGUGGUGGCACCCCGGUUUUGGAAAACUCUCCCCAGGCAAGUGUUCCUGGUGACUAUACUGCUCACUUUUCAGGCACCAGGUAAAGCUCAUUUUAUUCUCCUGCCGUUGAGCUUGCUGCUGGUUCUAAUGCUUUUGUUGUUUUUGUCUUCCUGCUGUUGGCUUUAACCCUUGUUUUUAUUGGAUGGUGUCUCUAUUGCUUUAUGGGUUUUACAUUGCUAAUGUAAGCAGCCUUAGACAAUUAAUAGGAAAAACAUGGAAUGAAUAUAUUCAAUAUAACAAUGGCUACACCCUCUUGGCUUCCUUUACGGAGAUUAUCAGCCAUUCUGUUAGAGACCUGCCAAUUUUAUUCUUAGUACAGCUCUUAGAAGAACACUAAGUGUAUAAUUAAUAAUACUGAAUAGUUGUGCCUGUUGUGCAGAAUGCAGAAGUAUAACCAGCUUUUUAAAAAAAACUUUCCAGUGUCGUAUAUCAGGUAACCAGUUCUCCCCUGGAUUCCAUUAGCAGUGGCCGGUUUACAAAUCUGAAUCAAAUUACAUCUGGCUGUGUCCAUUUUCAGGCUUUCUUCCCAUGGCCAGCCUUUCCAAACCUGGUGCCCUCCAGAUGUUUUGGACUACAACUCCCAUCAGAACAGCUGGGGCUGAUGGGAACUGUAGUGGAAAAAAUCUGGAUGGGACAAGGCUUGGGGAGGCUGUCAUUAUAUUCCCAGUUUGCUCUAUCAAUAGAUUACGAGCCAUUUUGUAAUCUCAGAAGUAGGAGUGUCAGAGAACUCAGAGAAACAAGAGCAGAAAUUGCUGGUGUUCGCCUAUUUUGUCCCAUCACUGGCGGAGGAAGAGGAGAGCGGGGGGAGCGCACCGACCCCGGCAGCGCAAUCCCGGUGGGGUGCCAUUGCGGCUGCCCCCCGCCUGAGCGCCACACCCCCGGGAUGCGCGCCAGCCCUGCCCCCACCUGCUCUCCACCCCCCAGUGGCGGAGCAUGAAGCUCCGCCACUGUGUCCCAUACCCAGAACAGAAGUCCAUCCAGUGAAUAUGGUUGGCAAUCAUUGUUGUUGCUUUCAGUACACAAAUGUAACUCUGGCUUUUGCUAUUUCAUUGAAUACGUCCUCGCUUCUCAGGCAUGAGCCAGCAAUAAAUCACACUGAGUAAGUGGAGUUAGCUCUUUAUUAGAAGAAACAAAGUCUGCUCAGGAGUGCCAGGCCUAAUGAGCACAGCAACUCUUCUUAGAGAGCCAGUGUGGUGUAGUGGUUAAGAGUAGUAGACUCGUAAUCUGGUGAACUGGGUUCGCGUCUCCGCUCCUCCACAUGCAGCUGCUGGGUGACCUUGGGCCAGUCACGCUUCUCUGAAGUCUCUCAGCCCCACUCACCUCACAGAGUGUUUGUUGUGGGGGAGGAAGGGAAAGGAGAAUGUUAGCCGCUUUGAGACUCCUUCGGGUAGUGAUAAAGCGGGAUAUCAAAUCCAAACUCCUCUUCUCUUCUUAGUAGGUCUUGUCCCUGUGAGGCAGUUGUGGAGACUGAAGGUCCCCACCUCCCCACAGCUGCCUAAGUCUCCUUCUCUCCAGGGUCCUUCCUAAGCAAUCUGAGACUUGCGCCUGUGUGUGUCUCUGCUCUUCCCUCUUCAUGCCUCUUCUGGUUCUGGGAGACCAGGGGGAAGGGAAGCUUGUUGCAGCAGGAGGGGGAGACAUCUGUGACUCUGCACCAGUCUGACUCAUCUCUGCCUCUUGUCCUCCCUCAUCCCUCUCCACUGCUUCAGCUUCUGCCUCUGAUUCUGGACUUAUCUCUGCCACAGACUCUCCCUUCUCACUAAGCUAUCUCUUCAGCUUCUGACUCCUCCUCUUCCCAGUCUCCUCCCUCUGACCACUCAUCAUUGUCCCACCUUCUUCCUUUGGGGGUUCCCUGGAUGUUGGCCAUGGUGGGUGGGACUGAUAAGAGCUGGAGUCCCACAAGGUCUGGGCGGGAGGCACAGGUUCUCCUCACCUGCUACUAGCUCCUCAAAGUGCAGUUGUUUUCCUAAUUCAUAAAGAAGGCAAGACUUCCUCUGCAAAAGUUCCUCUGCCAAUAAUUCCAGCUCUUUUGGAAGCUGCCUUCCCAAGACAUCUUUUUCCAAUUAUCUGUUUCUCGACCCCCUAGAAACUUCCUCUUUUAUCACAAUUAAAAGGGGUGGUUUUCACUUGAGAAAUAAUGCUCUUCUUGUUUAUGUUAAGCAUUUUUCUUCCUUCCUUAGAAAAGCUCUUCUCCAGUCAGAUUUGGCCGGGUGAGGAUAUAAUGCUGGCUCUCUGAUCGCUGCAGUUCGCAAAAUCGGAACGGGUUAGGAGAAACCACACAAAAAUCAGAACCGAUUAGUUUCAGACAGAAGCCUCUCCCAGCUCUACCACAAGGUGCCUGGGACUGAACCAGGGACGUUCUGUGUCUUUCCCCCCAGUUCUGCAAAGCCUGAAGGGAUAGCGGCACUGAUCCACUCCAGUUUGAAUUGAGGCAGAGGAAAAGAGUUUGUUAACCCCAUUCUCCAUGGUAAUGGGCUGUAGCUCAGUGACACAGCAGCUGCUUUCGCAUGCAGAUAGUCCCGAGGGAACAUUGUAGAACAACAAAUAAAGAGCAUGAUAUGUGGACAGUCCAAUAUAAAUCCAUUUCUAGUGCACUGUUACUGUGUCAAAGACAUGUUGCAGAAUACAGUGGUACCUCGGGUUAAGAACUUAAUUCGUUCUGGAGGUCCGUUCUUAACCUGAAACUGUUCUUAACCUGAGGUACCACUUUAGCUAAUGGGGCCUCCCGCUGCCGCCACAUCCUGUUCUCAUCCUGAAGCAAAGUUCUUAACCGGAUAUAUUAUUUCUGGAUUAGCGGAGUUUGUAACCUGAAGCGUCUGUAACCUAAGGUACCACUGUAUACCCACCCACCCACACGCACACACGCACACACAAAACCCUGUCUGUACUACUCCCAUCCUGCCAUAUAAUCUGAUUUUGAAAGAUCCAUGAAGCAGGGAGGGAACUCAUGAACUCCCUGUCUCCUCCUGAUCAUAGUCUCCUAACUAUGAUCAGGCAACUUAGAUCUGUGCUGGACCUUUACAGAGACAGCAUUGUUUAUAUACUGGAAACACUUAACUAGUUAUCCCAGUGCAUUCAUUAAGCUGAUUUCAAGAACAGACAGAGAGCACAAUGCUACGACUAGCAAUUUUCUUCAUUGGCAAUAAAAUUCUAGCUGGAUUGAAAGAUCAUCUUUUUCCCCCUCUCUUUUUUUACUGUUAUGAGAAGAGGGUUGUUGCAACAGGAGGGAGCCAUUCCUGAGAUAUGUGGGUUUCAUGUUUAUGGAAAAGGGAGCCAAAAUUCCUUUCCCCACUUCUUUAGUUUCCUUUCAUAAAAAAGGCUUCCUUUCUUCAGAUACAUCUGCUUUCUGUAAGCUUCCAGCCACUGAAGCAGUUAUUUCUCUCAAGAAGCUAAAUGAUUUCUGCCAAAGACUACACCCCAUAUGACCCAUCACCUCUAGCCAGCUUGCAAAAAAACUUUUGUCUUCAUUGGCUGCAUUCGCAUGGCACAAUAAAUCUGGCUUUCUCGCUUAUCGCGGUUUCUGAUGCACGCUCCCCGAUCGCUUCUGCUUUGCUCCUACACAGUGUGAAGAAAAGAAAUAAGCCAGGAAGCAACAAUUAAAGCCUGUUGUUGUUGUUUAGUUGAUUAGUUGUGUCCGACUCUUCGUGACCCCAUGGACCAGAGCACGCCAGGCCCUCCUGUCUUCCACUGCCUCCCGCAGUUUGGUCAUACUCAUGCUGGUAGCUUCGAGAACACUAUCCAACCAUCUCAUUCUCUGUUGUCCCCUUCUCCUUGUGCCCUCCAUCUUUCCCAACAUCAGGGUCUUUUCCAGGGAGUCUUCUCUUCUCAUGUGGUGGCCAAAGUAUUGGAGCCUCAGCUUCAGGAUCUGUCCUUCCAGUGAGCACUCAGGGCUGAUUUCCUUCAGAAUGGAUAGGUUUGAUCUUCUUGCAGUCUAUGGGACUCUCAAGAGUCUCUUCCAGCUCCAUAAUUCAAAUGCAUCAAUUCUUCAGCGAUCAGCCUUCUUUAUGGUCCAGCUCUCACUUCCAUACAUCACUACCGGGAAAACCAUAGCUUUAACUAUACGGACCUUGAGAUCCUUGUGGUUUAAGGGUGUGUGUGUUUUGCAGUGGAUUCAUAAAGAUGCCUUGGAAAUGGCACCUUUUGGCUCUCAUUCGAAGGUCUGGCUUAAAACAUGCGAUGGCAGCUUAAGAUGGUUACUCAGCAAAGGAAGGUGGCUUAUUCUGCUUUGUGCUUGCAAAUUAUUUCAAGACAAAUCCAUCUUGACUCUCUUGUCUCGUUCCCCAUUCUCCUCUUCUUCCUCCACUUCACAUUAAGAGUACUUGCAGGAGGAAAGAAAUUAUUGGCUAUUUGGUUUUUUAAAGAACAGAAAACAAAACCCUGUAACAAUUAGCCGAGCCUUUGCACGUACAUGCGAGAGCCAACCCACAAAAAGCGGCAAUUAGUCACUGCCGUUACUUCAACCCCUCGGAUGGUUAAUUAUGAUCUGUGCUUGGAGAAAUGAACUGCAGGCUCAGGCAGAGCCCUCUGUCAUUACUGGCCCUUUGUCAGGAGGAGUGCUUGUUAGCUUAAGCCUUCCUCCAAAGAGCUAAACAAUUACAAAUGUUUGGUUUUCAAAUUUCAGGGCCUAAUGCACUUGCCUUGGCGAUCUCAGAAAGAAUAUCUGCAAACAUAGCGAAUGAUGGGAGUGGCUCCUUGGAAAGGCUCUCUGGAGACCCAUGCUUCAUUGCAUACAUUUUUGGGGAGUUUUCAUUACUGGAAACAAAACCAUGAAUCCCUUAUCCAAGGUUGUUGGUUUUUUUAAUGUAUUGCUGAAGGGAUGCAUCAUUAAAUCGUGCAUUGCAUUACACAGAGCAGACAGGAAUUUGCAGAUUUAAUGAAAACAAGGGAAGCAGGAGUGAAGAAUGGCAAUAUAUAUAUAUAUAUAUAUAUAUAUAUAUAUAUAUAUAUGCGUGCUCAGAGGUAUAGAAUUAUACACACACACACACACACACACACAUAUAUAUAGAUAUAGAUAUAGAUAGAUAUAGAUAUAGAUAUAGAUAUCACGAAAUGCCAGAGCCAGCAAAACUCUUCUAGGAGUUAGAGCCAAACCAGGUAAGAUGUUAAUUGCAUGAAUACAUUUAAAGUGCGUUGUUGUUGUUUUUUAAAAAACCAAACCAAAACAAGCAGCUGAAGCAGGAAGAACCUGAGCAGUAGUGGAACCAUUGGGUGUGAGAAGUGAGAGAGAGUUUAGCUCAGGAGUAGGCAAACUAAGGCCCGGGGGCCGGAUCCAGGCCCAUUGCCUUCUCAAUCCGGCCCACAGACUGUCCGGGAAUCAGCGUGUUUUUACACGAGUAGAAUGUGUGCUUUUAUUUAAAAUGCAUCUCUGGGUUAUUUGUGGGGCAUAGGAAUUCGUUCAUUCCCCCCCCCCCAAAAAAUAUAUAGUCCGGCCCACCAUAUGGUCUGAGGGACAGUGGACCGGCCCACGGCUGAAAAAGGUUGCUGACCCCUGAUUUAGCUCUUCCUCCAUCCCUCCUGUGGUCUCUGCAUUGCCUCCUCCCCCCCAAAAAAAGAAAUCUACUAUUUGCUGCAUUGGUAGGGCAUCCUUCAUUGGCACCAGUGGAGACUUCCAUAUUGAUGCAAAUAUCAGCUGGGGGGGGGGGAGAGACUGGGAUUCCCCACUCCUGAUUCAACAAUUGCAUGAAAGAUCCAAUUGUUUUUGUUUCCUGUUUUUGCACAGCAAUGUAUCCGUUCUUCCCCCUAAACAGCACUGCAACUUCUGAGCGUCGCAACUUUUCUUAGACUGUGAUUGCUCUGUUCUUUUUUCCUCUCCUCCAGGGGGCUGUUCAUUACCAUUCACGAUAAAGGACAUGUUGCAACGAUGCUGGACUCAUGGCCUGAAGAAAACAUAAAGGUAAUGGAAUAUGCUCCCACAUGUGGGCUUCCAAAACCAAGACGCAUGUCUUCCCGUCUGUGUUCCCAUGGGAGUCAUGUGAUCCGCUCGAGAUCACAAAGCCCCAAAGAUGUGCUUUUUUCAGGGCGAGAUCUGGAUGCUAUGAGAUGACAGCGACCCAAAUGGCCGCACCCCAAAAGUGUGUGUUUUGGAGUGCUGUGUGAGAUCAUGGUCCCCCCCAAAAAACCCUUUUCUCCAGGCAAGAUCUCAGCAACCAAAAUGGCUCCCAAGCUCACGUGAUAAAAAAACCAGGAUGUCCCUGUUUUUUUGAGACAGUUGUGGGGUAUGUAAUGGGUAUCUUGACUCAUUUUUAGCUGAAUAGAAACUAAAGGGGUUACAAAAAUCUCGAGCUGCUAGAGGAGAUUUCAUGUUUGUGUGUGAUGUAUUCCAGCUGCAAAAAGCUUCAGGAAUUUGGGGUUGGGCCUAUGAGGGCUUUGUCCCAGAAAUUAGCUUUAGUGUCAAGGCUCAGCCAUUACAUAUCUAAAAGCCAGUUCCUGGGUUCUGUCUCUUUGUCACGCAGAAGUGUGACCAAGAAUGGAAAUCCAGACUGGGCAUAGGCAGAUAGGCUGAGUUCUGUCAAGUAUUCCAGAUGGCCCUGGGUGUUCUGAGAUGCUACACUCCCAUCUUGCAAUAUUCAGAGACUACACCGGGCAAACAGAUUGACUCUUCAAGUAGGUACAAUGGUGCUUUCUGCUCCUCCCACCUAUUGCAGGAAUGAACGUGAACUGAUAAUGAAGUGGCUGCUUCUGAGCAUGCGUCGUUCCUUUAUCACUGAAUAAUUGCAACUCGCUUGCAUCUACUAUUAUGGGAGUGUGCCUUGCAGACAAAAUUGCUCCCAGGCCCUUUCCCCCACUAAAAACAAAGCCUUUUUUUGCAAAUGCUACCUGUCGAUAGCUUUCUAGGGGAGCCUGGCCAAGUCACCAGCAAUAUCUCCAGGAUCACUUGUGAGGCUGCUUUGCAAGAAACGACCCCAUUUAACAUUUACAAGUUACAAGUUUGCACAGCUGAAUGGUAACUUUCAGGAGUGUAAGCAAAUCAAGCUCGGAGCAGCCAUGUGGCUAAUUUGUGGUUUGGUAUUCUUAAAACACUGAGUCUCAUGGGUGGUAGAGUUGCGCAUGCCCAAUUGCAUUUGCUCUGGUUUCGUCAAAAUUUGCUAUCAAAGUGCGAAGUCCUUUGUUUCCUGCAGUCCCACGCUUGCUAAAUUCCCACGUCUUUUACGGUUACCGUCUGGCAUGGGAUUGUUGUCAGGGACUAAAGCCUGGUUCAAAAGUGCACAGAGGCAAACCGGGUUAGAAAGCAGGAAACCAGAGCCACGUCAGACGAAUAUAUCCAGGAUUCAAGAAACGGCAUUUUCCCAAGUCAGACCAUUGAGUCCAUGAAGCUUCAGUAUUGUCUGCAUUGACUGACAGCAGCUCCUCAACAUUUCAAGCAGGGGAUAUUCCCAGUCUUACCUGGAGAGCUCUGAGGUUCCGUUCUGUAUAGAAAGCAACUUGUGUUAGAUGCACUAUGCACCUGAGUGCUCGGAAUCAAAAGCGGAGAGAGUGUUGUUGUGCUCAGGGGUUGUGGGUUUCUCACAAGCAUCUGAUUGGCCACUGUGGGUUUCCGUUGGAUUUCUCCAACAUCCCUCCAAGAAAAUAAACAAGAGCCCUGCUGCAGGGCAACCAAGAUGAUCUGGGAACCAAGCCUUAUGAGGAACACUUGAGGGAGUUGGGUAUGUUUAGCUUGGAAAAGAGGAGACUAAGAGGAGACAUGAUAAAAAGGUAAAGGGACCCCUGACUGUUAGGUCCAGCCACAGAUGACUCUGGGGUUGCGGCGCUCAUCUCGCUUUAUUGGCUGAGGGAGCCUGCGUACAGCUUCCGGGUCAUGUGGCUAGCAUGACUAAGCCGCUUCUGGUGAACCAGAGCAGCGCACGGAAACGCCAUUUACCUUCCCGCCGGAGCGGUACCUAUUUAUCUACUUGCACUUUGACGUGCUUUCAAACUGCUAGGUUAGCAGGAGCAGGGACCGAGCAACGGGAGCUCACCCCAUUGCAGGGAUUCGAACCGCCGACCUUCUUAAUGGCAAGUCCUAGGCUCUGUGGUUUAACACACAGCGCCACCAGUGUCCCUAGGAGAUAUGAUAGCCACCUUCAAAUAUCUCAAGGGCUGUCACAUGGAAGAUGGAGUAAGUUUGGUUUUUUCCCAGUUCUAGGGGGUAGGACCCAAACCAAUGGCUUCAAGUUACAAAAAAGGAGAUUCGACUAAACAUCAGGAGGAACUUUCUGACAGUCAGAAGUGUUUGACUGUGGAACGGUCUCCCUCAAGAGGUUGUGGACUCUCCUUCCUUGGAGGUUUUAAGCCAGAGGUUGGAUGGCCAUUUGUCAUGGAUGCUUUAGCUGAGACUCCUGCAUUGCAAGGGGGUUGGACUAUGUGACUAUGAUUCUAUGGAUCUGGCAAGCCCAUCUAGCUUCAACAUGGUAUCUUCAUCGUGGCCAGCUAGAUCCCUAUGGGAAGCCCACAAGCAGCAGCUGAGUGCAACAAUUCUCUCCUCACUUGCAAUUUCCACUUGCAGUAUUCAUAGAAUCAUAGAAUUGUAGAGUUGAAAGGGACAUCAAGGGUCAUCCAGUCCAACCCCAUGCAAUGCAGGAAUGUUUUCAAGGGCAUACUGCCUGAGACAGUGCAGGUGUGGUACGUAGCCGCCGUGACGAGUAACCUUUAAUAUCCAUGGGUUUCUCUAAACCCAAUUUAUUUAUUCAGAGCAUUUGUACCCAGUUCUUCAGCCAGCAAGACUCCCAAAAGGGCUUACAGGCAAUCAGAGCAAGACAGGCCCUCCCCACAGACUUACAGUCUUAAAAGAAACACAGCACGCGAGGGGAAAGGGACAGGAAGAGAAGAGGAAAAUCAGGCUCCAGUUUCUGAACCGUUCUUCCUAUAAUGACCAGCUGGCACAAUUCAGGAGCUCCUAAUGGAUCUGGGCCACAGCCAAGCCAGAGGCUUUUAAAGCCAUCCAGGUUUGAGCAAGGCUUUGAUACGUUGGUUUUAGUGCCAGAAUGGUGUUGGGAGCCUUCCGCAAACCAUCGCGUUCCCACAUCCCAGCAGUGGAUAAAUGCUAGAAGCAAGAUGGGGUGAGAUGGAAAGCAACAACUCCCUAAAUUAGGAUUUCAAGUUUUAAACCGUGGAUUACUCAGUCAAAGCUGUGAGUUCACGAGCUGCCAGGGCUCAGCUUCAAUUGGGGGUGAUGCGAGUCGAGUUACUUUUAGAGCCUUAUCCUGUCCUGAUUCUUUUGUGUUGCUGUAAUAGUGUAAAAGUAAGUGGAUUUCCCAACCAGCUCAUUUGGUAUAUUAAAUUAUAAGUCAUCUCUGCACUACGUCAAAAAGGCACCUGCGUUUAUGUUUUGGGUUAUAUGCACAUUUACUUAAUUUGAUAGCGGUUUAAAUUUCUUUAAUCUAAUCUGCACACUUAAUUAUGUUCAGUUCUUGAGUUGGCUAAGCAGCAGAUGGUUAAUCAGCUCAAAUGCCUUUAAUCAGCAGAUAGCCACACCGACCGUACUUUUCUCAAAGUAAUAUUCGUUUCAAGUUUACAGUGACAAUGGGGCUGAGAGACCCCGGAGCCAAUUGAAUGCAUGCAUCUAUUACAGAGCCAAUGUAUAUCAUUCCCUUUUAAUCAGGGUUUCGCUGUUACAAAGGACUUGGAGAAUGUGGGGCCUGCUGUCUGCUUAACCUCAUUCUGUGUCUGGCUUUCAGGCUUUGAAUUGGUUUCUGCACCGAGAAUGUCCCCUGACCUAACUCCUGAUUAGGUGCAACGAGGAAACUUCCGAUGAGCGAGGGUUGGUUCUGCAGUGUGUUUAUAACGAGUCCAAUGGGACACAGAUGCGCGGCAAAGUUCAGCCAGCAAAUCUAACCCACAAAUAUACACACACAUGCUUUUAUUUUCCGUGUGUGUACGAAAGACAAUAGCUUUCCUCCACCCACGCCCAUGUCAGAAGCGAUUACCCGUGUAGAUAACUUUCCGCAUAACUUUUGCAACCGAAAACGACUGGCAGACCUGGAAAAGAAGGAAGCCGUCGGUCCGCUUGGGUGAUGCUCGUUGCUUUAGACUGGAUAGCAACGCCUAUUUAUCUUCUGACCGCGGCAGCAACAAAAAAAACCCCUCCAGCCAUAUGGCAGAAGUUUUUUAAUCCCCCAGUGAAUUCUCCCUUUAAUCAUCUGAAAUAUGUUAAGAAUAUUUUACAGCGAAUUCCUUCUCAACUAGGAAAAAAUUCCUCGUGAGGUCUGUUGUUCUGUUCCUAAGUAAACACAGCUUUUCUCAUUCCUCUUCCACCCACUCCCUAAAGCAGGUAAAUCUGAUGAAAUAUCCGACAGUCUCGUAGUCUUGCAUUCGCUGCCCUCUCGCCCUGAUAUGCCUAUGUGCACGAUCCCUGUUAGAAUCAUAGAAUUGUACAGAUGGAAGGGACUCUGAGCAUCAUCUAGUCCAGGCAUAGGCAAAGUCGGCUCUCCAGAUGCUUUGGGACUACAACUCCCUUCAUCCCUGACCACUGGUCCUGUUAGCUAGGGAUGGUGGGAGUUGUAGUCCCAAAACAUCUGGAGGGUUGAAUUUGCCUAUGCCUGAUCUAGUCCAACCCCUUGCAAUGCAGGAGUAUGUAGCUGUCCUGUAUGGGGAUCAAACCUGUGGCCUUAAUAACACUAUUCUGUAGCCUACUGAGCUCAGAAGGACUCCACUGCCGUGUUUGGGUGCAGUGCUAAGCCACAAGCCAUGGUUGAACAAGUUGGGCUGGACUCCUAACUCCUGCAUUCUUCCAGGCAUUUUAACCUGUGCAUUUUUAAAUUUUGAAGGGUCUUUCGUUGCAUUUUUGUUGUGGUGCACAUGGCGGUACCCAGCCCUGAAAUUCUAAGCAGAGUGAAGAGCAGUAUAAAAUAUGCUUUAAGUUAAAUGUUCUCAGAUAGCUUUUGUGGCUUACCCAAGGAGCAUGAUCCACAGAUCCAGCCCCAAACUAGACCCAGCUAUCAGGGGGGUGGUUUAAUACUGGGAAAUCGCUCUAGGUUAAUUGCAGCAAGGACUAGGAGCUGAUGCCAUUCCAGAGCAAGGAAAGGGGACUCGACAAAAAAACAAAAACAAAAAAACCCCACACACAAUUCUCCUUUUGUUAACGAUGUCCUGGAUUCUGAUUUCAGUUUUUAUUUAUUUUUUUGCUAUGGGCUGCACCGGGCACCGAAUUGUAAACUGGAGCUUGUCCCAGAGGCUGGAGGAUAAGAAGAGCUAAAUUACACCACUUAAAAGGAAAACAGAAUUAAAGCUCUUUUAAAUUGUGUUUUGCACUUCCUGUGGGUGAUAAAGGCUACAGUAAAUCAUUUCAAAGCCUGCCAACUAGACGUAUGAAAAAUAAGCAAAUUAAAUUACUUCCUGAAGUUGCAAUGGCUUCUUAUCCCUUUUUGCCCUUCAAAGGCAAAAAGGCAAAAGCCUUUCAGCCCAUUUGCACCCGUGAUUUUCAUGCCCUUUGCAGAUUUCCUAUCCACCUAUUUCCUUAUUUAUGAGGGUUUUUUCCCCCAUCUGGUCUGCAACUGGAGUCAGUUUUUGUUUAGGUUUUUUUUUUUAAAUGAUAUUUAUUGGAAUUUAUUUUUUUUAAAUUACAAAAGAGAACAAGGUAGAAAAAGAAAAAAGAAAGAGCAAAGAAAAAAAACAAACCACAUCAAACAAUACAAAAUAAAAAAAAACCAAAAAUACACCACAAACAUUUAAAAACAAAUCCAUUAUUCUCAAAUCCUCAACUGUCAUUACCUUCUUUCUUUGACCUCCUCCUCCUCCUCCCUUUUUUUGUAUCCUAGUUGUUAAUUAUCGCAGCAAAUCCUUUCCAUAUUUCAUAAUAUUCUGUCAUUACAUUACCUUAAACUAUUUUAAUCUUAUCUUACUAUAAAAAACCUUAAAACUUAAAACUUAAAUCUUAUUUUUACCAACUUCUCAUAACCAUAAUAUUCUUACGUAAUUCUUUACACAUUUUUACUAAAGCCAAGUAAUUUCAUUCCAACAUUUUUCUAACAUUCAUCAAUUUUAUAAAACAAUCCUAGUAGUAAAAAAGAAAUAAAAACAAUCCAAUCUUCAUCCAGCGUCCCUUCCUCCUGGUCCCGGGUUUUGUCAGUCCUUAUUAUCCCAUCGAUAAUAAUACCAUUAACCUGGUAACCUUGUAUCCGAGGCCCUUAAGUCUCUUCCAUGUCCCUUCCGCAGCUCUUCUUCAUAUUUAUAACUGUAUUUUCCCUUGUCUCCUGCUCGUUUCACUCGUGGGAACUCCAGCUUAACAAUGUUUUUGACCCUUCUCGACAGAUCAGCCCCUUUUCCAUAAUCCACACUAAACUCCAUGUGGUAUUUAAGAACAUGUUUCAAAAUCCCUCCAAAAUUAGGAGCCCCCACAACCCCAAACAUCUCACGGCCCAUUGCCAGACUUGAAAAGUCCAAACAUCCCUGCAUAGGGGGGUCUAUCCAGCCCCCCAUUUCCAAACCAAACCAAACUUUUUCUUUCCAAAUCUGGCUUUUUCCAAGUUCAUUUGUCAAAUCCAAAAGCUCAUGUUCCUGUUGGGCCACAGCUCCCUCCAUCUCUGGCGCCCAAGAUUCAGCAACAUCCUCUUCCCUCAUCUGUUCUGUCAGGGCACACUCCUGAUUUAAUUCCUGGGUGGGCUCCAUAUAUUUUCCCACUGCCUGUUCAAAAUUUCCCACUGCCUGUUUAAAAUUUCUGAUCGAAUCAGUCAUCAAAUUCGUCUUCUCAUGUAACUGUUCCAGUAGGGCAUUUGUUUUAUAGAAAGCACACAACAGAGCUUCUGAAUACAUUGUCCUGCAAGGUCAGAAGUCUAUUCCCACGAUUGUAAUCUGUAACAGCUGCAAGCUCCCCAGAGUUGGUUACAGUUUCACAGUCUCCCUCUAGGGGGAAAACUUCUAUUUGUUCUUUCUUUUAAAAAUAAGUCUAGCAACAAAAUUUCCUUUUUCAGAUAUCUUGUCAAUAUUUGUUCCUUUAAAAAGCGAAGGGGAACAAUGGAAUCAAUGUUUCUCUUCUUAUAGCUAUCUGUCAAAGCCGUUGUCUCUGGUCAAUGAGCUUCAAAAAACGUCAGUCCUAACACCCCGCUCCAGGAUCAGGACGGUGGAAAGUUACUUUACUUUACCCUCACUUCUGCAGGUUUAAACAGUCCGAAAAAAUCCCCCCUCUUCUCCUGCUUCCGAAGGGGGUUCAACAAUUUUAAAUGAUGAAAGUUAAUCUUUUACAGGCGAUUUUCUGAGCUCUAGUUUGCCAUGUCUUUGCUUUAAUCUAUCUACAAAGAAACGGAAGGCUGACUUCCUGUUUAGACCUUCCCAUUUCAGUGCCAAAUUGAGGUAAACUUUUAAGUCCAAUUUUCCUUUCUGCUCACAAGUCCUUAUUUAAAGUCCAAUUGUCCGAGUUUAGGUACUCACGGGUGAUUAUUUUAGAAGCCAAAUUCUCAAAGGAAAAGCGCAGCGCUCUCCGCCAAAGCCUGUGACGCUUCGCUCAAUGGAAGAAGCAGUUAACUCUCAGCACCGCGCCACUUCCCCUCUUCGCUCGGAGCCCGUUAGUGGGUUCCUUUGCGGGUUGGGGGGGCGCUAAGGGUGCCCGCCGAGUCCCAUGGUCACAGGCUUCCUCCGCCUGUGAUUUUUGAAUGGGUCCCCGCUUCGCCGUAGCGGAGAAGACCCGUUUUCCGCGGAGCUGGUCCCUCCAGAUCAGAGGGAAUCCGCCAUUACCGAUGGCGCCACCCCGGAAGUCGUUUUUGUUUAGUUUUUAAGGGUGUUUAAAAGCAGACUGGGACAGGCAUCACUUCCCACGACAUACCCACAUUAUUUCCUUUGUCUCAUUCCUGCUGGUGAGGGGCUGCCAGCUCUGCAGGCAAGCGGUGGCAUAACUGGGCUCCUGAGCCCCACAGGAGUGCUGCAGAAAGAAUGUAGUUGGUCAAGGGAGUCGUGGACCCCAAAUAAUAAUAAAAAUAAUAAUAAUUUAUUAUUUAUACCCCGCCCAUCUGGCUGGCUUUCCCCAGCCACUCUGGGCGGCUUCCAACAAAACACUUAAAUACAAUAAUCUAUUAAACAUUAAAAGCUUCCCUAAAGAGGGCUGCCUUUAGAUGUCUUCUACAAGUUUGGUAGUUAUUUUUCUCUUUGACAUCUGGUGGGAGGGCGUUCCACAGGGCGGGUGCCACUACCGAGAAGGCCCUCGGCGCUGGACCUCAGUGUCUAGGCAGAACAAUGGAGGUGGAGACGCUCCUUCAGGUAUACUGGACCAAUGCCAUUUAGGGCUUUAAAGGUCAGCACCAACACUUUGAAUUGUGCUCGGAAAUGUACUGGGAGCCAGUGUAGGUCUUUCACGACUGGUGUUAUAUGGUCUCAGCGGCCAUUCCCAGUCACCAGUCUAGCUGUCGCAUUUUGGAUUAGUUGUAGUUUCUGGGUCACCUUCAAAGGUAGCCCCACAUAGAGUGCUUUGCAGUAGUCCAAGCGGGAGAUAACCAAAGCAUGUACCACUCUGGUGAGACAGUGCACAGGCAGGUAGGGUCUCAGCCUGCAUACCAGAUGGAGCUGAUAAACAGCUGCCCUUGACACAGAAUUGACCUGUGCCUCCAUGGACAGCUGCGAGUCCAGAAUGACUCCCAGGCUGCACACCUGGUCCUUCAGGGGCACAGUUACCCCAUUCAGGACCAGGGAGUCCCCCACGCCUGCCGGCCUCCUGUCCCCCCAAAACAGUACUUCUGUCUUGUCAGGAUUCAACCUCAAUCUGUUAGCCACCAAAAGGUUGAAAACCUCUGCCUUGGGCUAACCACUCAGCACAUGUGCUAAGUUUCCUCAUGGGGGGGGGAGUAGCUCAAGCCCCUUAGUGAUUUAGGUUGACCUUGUCUGCACAUUUUCCUGCUUUACGAUUCGUUUCACUGCUUUGCUUGUGAGUCAGGUAGGAUUCGCUCAUUCUUUAUUUUUAAGGGCCAGACAUGCUGCUACUCAUCAAUAUGCUCACUCACCAUCUUAUUAAAUGAAAAGAAAUGUUAAGGCAGUUGCAAAGCCUCCAAGGGGGUUGGUGGCAGUGGCAAGUUCUCUCAGUGACGUCACAGGCACUAGCCCAUCAGUGCCAUACCAAUACUCAAUUCCCACCCCCCUUACAAACAUGCAGCGUCAGCCUUUCGACGCUCAACCCGGAGAGGAUAAAAUUGCUCUGAAAGCGGCAAAGGCGCUUCUAGAAUGGCCUUAAAGGUAAAGGGACCCCUGACCAUUAGGUCCAGUCGUGGCCGACUCUGGGGUUGCGGCGCUCAUCUCGCUUUAUUGGCCAAGGGAGCCAGCGUACAGCUUCCGGGUCAUGUGGCCAGCAUGACUAAGCCACUUCUGGCGAACCAGAGCAGCACACAGAAACGCCGUUUACCUUCCCGCCGGAGCGGUACCUAUUUAUCUACUUGCACUUUGACGUGCUUUCAAACUGCUAGGUUGGCAGGAGCAGGGACCGAGCAACGGGAGCUCAGCCUGUCACGGGGAUUCGAAUCGCUGACCUUUUAAUUGGCAAGUCCUAGGCUCUGUGGUUUAACCCACAGCGCCAGCCGCGUCCCGAUAGAAUGGCCUUACUGCUGUGCAAAUGUGUUGUCUGCCUUCAUUCACCCUGUGGAAUACAAUCUCUUGCACAGUCGUAUCAAAUGCUGCUUUUUUUAACAGCAGGCUUCUCUCUUCGCUCACAGGCCAUCGUGGUGACAGACGGAGAGAGGAUUCUGGGUCUGGGGGAUCUGGGAAGCUACGGCAUGGGAAUCCCUGUUGGGAAACUUGCUCUCUACACGGCUUGUGGGGGCGUCCAUCCCCAACAUUGCCUACCUGUCCUUUUGGAUGUCGGCACAGACAACGAGGUGAGUUUGACUUCCUCGUAUUCAUUUGCUGCUAUCCUAGAAUCUCAAGGUAAUGCGUCUGUCAGUGGAGGCUGGUCCAUUAGAGCGUAUGGGGCACUGCCCCAGGAAAUUCAGUUAGCCUUGCACAGUAUACCUCUGAAUAUCAGUGGCUGUGGAUUACAGGAGGGGUGAGUGUUGCCCUCAGGUCCUAGUUUUGGGCUUCCCAUGGGUCUCUGGUUGGCUGCUGUGAGAUCAGGAUGCUGGACUAGAUGGGCCAUUGGCCUGACCCAUCUUAAAGGUAAAGGUAAAAGGACCCCAUUAGGUCCAGUCGUGACCAACUCUGGAAUUGCGGUGCUCAUCUCGCUUUACUGGCCGAGGGAGCCGGCGUACAGCUUCCAGGUCAUGUGGCCAGCAUGACUAAGCAGCUUCUGGCGAACCAGAGCAGCACACAGAAAUGCCGUUUACCUUCCCGCCAGAGCGGUACCUAUUUAUCUACUUGCACUUUGACAUGCUUCCGAACUGCUAGGUUGGCAGGAGCAGGGACCGAGCAACGGGAGCUCACCCCGUCACGGGGAUUCGAACCACCGACCUUCUGAUCGGCAAGUCCUAGGCUCUGUGGUUUAACCCACAGCGCCACCCGCAUCCCUUCUGACCCAUCUUACCUCUUCCUAAUUUUGUUGGCAAAAGGGUUUAAUAACGUGCAUUGCGACACAUGUGCGUACUUUAGAAUAUUAGAUUUUGGAUGCAGAAAUCCAGGGCAGUCCCUGAGAUACUUUGGGUUUGGAUGGUUGUCUGAAUGCGCACACAGGCACAAAGUGACUAUUGUAGCACAGUUUCCAGCUCUUGCGGAACCUCUUGGAGUCUAAAACAUUGCAGCAGGUAUUGUGAGCUCAAGAUAAAUGCUGGAUUCUCUCCCGUCCAGCUGGCCGAAAACUCAAAACAGCUUUCCAGCCAGCAGGAGUUGAAGAGGUCCGCUCCAUCUUUCAGCGCGAUAAUGGGGAGUUUAAAAGAUCCUUGGCUGCCCAGGCCUGAUACAGCCUUUACUCUUCCUGAAACCAACACAUCCCUACGGCUGCUUGGAAGAGAUUAUAUUUCAGCAAACGAAGAAUCCCCCCGCGGGUGGCUGGAGGCUAAUUAAUUUCAGCGGUUUGUCAGAUCACACACUCUAAUUCUUGCGAUAAUAAUAUGAGAGGGUUGCAUCUGUUAGCAGUUUUCUGCUUUGCGACUCCAGCAGUUUUAGCUUGUGCCAGAAAGGACAUCUGCAAAGAGGGGUUUGGGGGGGGGGAUUGCCCCCUCUUCUUCUUUUAGCCAGUAAAUACCUCACGGCUUAUUGAUGUGUCCAAGUUUAGUCAACAAAAUGCUCUUUUUAAAAAUAAAGCUUGCUCUCGCUCUCUUUUUCAUUCGACAGCUUACCACACAGGUUGAUAAUGUGGUGCCUGUGGGUUUGGAUAUGCCCACAAGUGGCCUUUGCUGGGGGCUGAGGCCUCACCCCACCCUCCGAAUUAGGGGAGCAGGAAGCCAUCUCUAAUAGCCAAUAGAAGGCUGUUUUCAAGGCUAAUUUCAGGUGGAGUUACAGCUGGGAAGGGGGUGGUCUCCAUGAACAUCUCCCUUGUUCUCUUACAGUGGCAAUGGUGCCACCUGAGAGGUGCCAGAGCUGCAAAAAAGGCCCUGGUUCUAUCCAAAAAACCUGGGUUUGGCCUUGAUAGUGGUACCUUUUCUUUUAUUUAUAUAUAUUCCCUAUUUUUCUAACAGCAGGAGACAGCUGGCUCUUCCUUUAACCUAGUGCCCUUUGUCUGCGCAGAAAACACUGCUAUAAAACGUUGCCUUUUUCCUCUGCGGAGUUCAUUAUGGCACAGAGGAACUUGAGUCACGACUCAGGGAAUCCCCUUUUACGCUUCCUGGCGAUAGAGCACAGCUGUGCGCCUGCAGCUUUGGAAAACAACGGCAACAAUGAGGUGGGAGUGGCUGCAGGCCAGCCGUCCGUGGAGCAACGGGGAAGUCACGGGACAAUGGGGGUCUGUUGUUGGGAUGCCCCCUGCAUCCCUUGCCUUUGAUACGGCUACCAAGUCUUCACAGGGUACAAACGGCAUCCCGUUCCACUUAGUCACCGAGGCCAGUUAGUCAUCACACCUGCUUCUGUUUCCUUCGCUUUGAGCCAGGAUCCUGUUUCCCACCAGGCUAAAAGCCGAGGCAGGCCUUCCUGUGAGUCAUCGGCUGCGCUGGACGUUCCAGUUUGGAGCAAGCAUGGUGGCCGGGAUGGAAAAUCAUUUGGGAAAACAACAAUGUGGUCCUUCAGCUUUGCAGGCCUUGACCUUGCCACUGGCCUGUUGGGAACCUCGUAUAAAGUAAGACACAAGAUCACAAGAACAACCCCACUGGAUCAGUUCAAAGGCCCAUCUAGCCCAGAUGUCUAAGGGAAGCCCCAAAGCAGGACCUGAGUGCGAAUCUUUCCGCUUGAGAUUCCCAGCAACUGACAAAACAUUCUGAGCUUCCUCUCUAACCUUUCUCCAAAGGGAAGUUGCUCCAUCCCCUUUAUCAGUCUGGUUGAGUUUUCCUGAACCUUUUCCAUCUCUAUACAAUAUUCCUUUCAAAGGGAAGUGACACGGUAUUCUAAAUGCGACUGCACCAUAUUUUUUUGGAGAACAGCAUUAUCAAUCAAUCAGUCAAUCAAAUCUUUAUUACGGUCAUAGACCAGCAUAAGUACGGUGGGGUACAAUAAUUUAGAAUCGUUUUGGAACUCUAAAAAAGUAUUAAAACAGAAGGUAUCUCUAAAAGACUAUAAGAAUCUAAAAGAAGGGUUAGGAACAUUAAACGGAUAUGUUGUUUAGUCAUUUAGUCGCGUCCGACUCUUCGUGACCCCAUGGACCAGAGGACGCCAGGCACUCCUGUCUUCCACUGCCUCCCGCAGUUUGGUCAGACUCAUGUUUGUAACUUCGAGAACACUGUCCAACCAUCUCGUCCUCUGUCGUCCCCUUCUCCUUGUGCCCUCAGUCUUUCCCAACAUUAGGGUCUUUUCCAGGGAGUCUUCUCUUCUCAUGAGGUGGCCAAAGUAUUGGAGCCUCAGCUUCAGGAUCUGUCCUUCCAGUGAGCACUCAGGGCUGAUUUCCUUAAGAAUGGAGAGGUUUGAUCUUCUUGCAGUCCAUGGGACUCUCAAGAGUCUCCUCCAGCACCAUAAUUCAAAAGCAUCAAUUCUUUGGCGAUCAGCCUUCUUUAUGGUCCAGCUCUCACUUCCAUACAUCACUACCGGGAAAAGCAUGGCUUUAACUAUACGGACCUUUGUUGGCAAGGUGAUGUCUCUGCUUUUUAAGAUGCCGUCUAGGUUUGCCAUUGCUUUUCUCCCAAGGAGCAGAUAUCCAUUAAACGGAUAUGGAAGAGCAUAAAAGAUUAGUAUGUAAAAAACUACAACUAUCAGUUUAGAGAGCACUCUGAUGUGAGCGUUCAUUAGUUUGUGGCACAGGUCACCAUCUGAUGAAUUUUGAACGCUUCUGUGCAGAAUCUGGCAACAUUGUGUUUUGGAGCAGGAUUGGUAUCUGACCACAGCAGGGAGGUAUAAAAUUGUCUUGUGUGUCCUGGGUAUUUAUGGAGUAGUGGGGAGAUAAGGCUAAUAUGAAUGUCUCUAUAGUAUAGGCACUGGAGAAGCACACGCUCUGUUGUUUCAAUUUGUCCAGAGUCACAGGUGCAUCGUAUCUCCAAAUAAGCAGUCUUCCUGUAUCGACCUUCUGAAUGGCAGGCAUUAAUGAUAGCGGCAGUUUUAAGUUCCAAACAGCCCCAUCCCAUUGCUACGCUAGAACGCCGAGACAAGAAUAAGACCUCACACUGCAAAAUAUAUCUGCAUUUGCUUUAUCCCCUCGGGGGGCUGGUUUAAUUGCACAGAAACCAUACAGCCCACAGAGUUGGGUCUUAUUUAGGGUUAACUGCCUGAAAUGGGGGUAACGAUCAGGCAUCCUGCUGAAUGGGUUGAAUAUGAGUUUCUACCUUGCUGGGCCAAAAAGCAGCAGGCAGGCAGACAUUGUUGUUUUUUCUCUCUCACUCCGUUUCAGGCCCUCCUGAACGAUCCGCUCUACAUUGGCCUGAAGCACAAGAGAGUUCGUGGGAAACAGUACGACAGCCUGAUUGAUGAGUUUAUGCAAGCAGUUGCAAACAAGUGAGUGGAAUUUCGAGUGCGCGUGUUUCCUCCCAUUAGCUGCUUGGCUUUAAGAGAGGUUAAAACUAGCCACGCAAACAGUCCGUUUCAAGGCAAGACUUGGGCAGAGGGGAGCCAUUAAAUAUGUGCCCCUACGGGUGGUCUGAAAAUGACCCUUUGUGCUCGAGUCAAGGUUAUUUAUGUCCACAGAAAUCUGAUGGGAGAGAGACUCGUUUAUCUGGAACAAUUUCCUGCUGUCAUCGUAGGCCCCUCAGGAAGGGACAGUUGUGACUCACAUAUAGACAUGUUAAACAAGGCCCAGUUAUCACCAGGGUGGUUAAAUGUAUUUCUGUUUUUCUGUAUUUUUUUAAUUAAAAAAAAAAGGCACCCAGGAUUCUUUGAAGUUCAAAGAAUGGUGGUAUACUUUUAAAUGUCUAGUUCCAAUGCAUCAAAGCAAGUAAUUUGAAUUAGAUAUCCCGCUUUAUCACUACCCGAAGGAGUCUCAAAGUGGCUAACAUUCUCCUUUCCCUUCCUCCCACACAACAAACUCUCUGUGAGGUGAGUGAGGCUAAGAGACUUCAGAGAAGUGUGACUAGCCCAAGGUCACCCAGCAGCUGCAUGUGGAGGAGCGGAGACUUGAACCCAGUUCACCAGAUUACGAGCCUACCUCUCUUAACCACUACACCACACUGGCAUACCCUCCAAUGCCCCUCUGAUCAAAAUUGGGACGCUGGUUUUUUGGUCCCGAGCUAUUGCGGGAGGUAGUGGUUGGACAGUGUUCUUGAAGAUACAAACAUGAGUUUAACCAAACUGCGGGAGGCAGUGGAAGACAGGAGGGCCUGGCAUGCUCUGGUUCAUGGGGUCCCGAAGAGUCGGACACGACUAAACAACUAAACAACAACAAGAAGUGCAUGAGACCAAAAAUACGAGCAUCUUUUGGUCAGGCACUCUGGCGUGUGACAGCUGGACUGAAAAACGAAUUGGGACAGUAUGCAGAUGGGGCUUGAGUGGUAGGGGAGAUUAUAUAAUCCCCGUGCUUAUUUUAGCAGAUUGGAAUAUUGCACAGCUAUGCAAAUUCAGAUAAAGAGGGACAUUGGAAGCUGCCUUAUACCACAUCAGGCGACUGGUCCACUUAACUCAACAUUGUCUACACUGACUGGCAGCACCAGGACUUCAGACAUCUCUAUUUGGAGAUGCCAUUGGGAUCUUUAGUGUACAAAGCAUGUUCUCUACCACUGAGCUGUGGCCCUUCUCUGUAAACAUAUCAGCAGAAAUUCAAUAAAUAAACCUAAGCAUACAUUGGUGGGAGAGAUCGAAAAGAGAGUGGCAGUGAUUGGGGUCUCUCAGACUCUCUGUCCUUUCUCCAUACUGGUUCCACCAGUGGUUUAGCAGGCCCUUUGAACGUGGAUCUUUAAAGGGGAGCACAAUCGUAAGCAUUUAGAUUCCUGUGAGAACCAGGGAGCUGCUUCCAUUGGGAAUCUCUCCUACCAGCUCAGAGAAACAGGGAGUUUAAUGGAACACAGGAGAGGAAACUUAAGUGAAGAGUCACUGCUCUAAUAUGAACGUUACAAUUCAUUAGUAACAUCCAGCAGCUGUUCUGAUCUUCCAAGAUUCCUGGAGGGGCCUGUAAUUAGCCACUUGAUGAUGGUGCCUGUUAUGUACUGAGUUGAAUAGGAUCCAAACUGCAGCAGUCUGAUUGGUCCUAGAACAAUAGGAUCCAAAAUGCAGCAGUCUGAUUGGUCCUAGAACAAUAGGAUUCAGAAUGCAGCAGUCUGAUUGGUCCUAGAACAAUGCAGCAGUAUGAUUGGUUGGCAGGAACCACCCAAUCAUGCUCCAGAUAGAAGUGAAUCCACAACCUGAUUGGCUUACAGUAGAAUUCCGGAAUUAGCCAAUCAUGUGCAGCCCAUUGUGUAAAUAAUGUAUAUAAAGCAGAUACUGUGAGGGGACUUUCAUUCAUUCCUCCUCACCACUAUGAGCUGAAUAAAGAGCAUGAAAUCACUUUGCGACUCUGAGUAUAUUUCAGUGCCUCAGGCAUAUAGCUAUUUUUCAAACGUGAGCAAUUAAUAGAUUUUGGAAUAGUGAUGCAAAACAGAGUUGUUAGGUUGAUCUGCAAGCCGUUCCCCUAAAGCAGAUCAGCUGGUCCGUGGUGCUUGCAAAUCCACUUAUGGGGCAGCUGUGGCUUUACCUGCCGCACACCUGACAUCGUAAGGCAGGUGGGUGCAGCUUGACAUGGUCAGUGUGUCCUCAGUUUAAGAGGCUUGGCCCUCCUGAAUAGGCCCAUGAGCUAGCGGUUUCCCGUAAACGACUUGGGACCCAAAUAUCUUAAGAGUUACCUUCCUCAAUAAUGAAUUGCGGGGGGUUGGACUAGAUGACCCUUGGGUCCCUUCCAGUUCUAAGAUUCUAUGAAUCUGGCUGACCCCUGUGAUCAUCCGUUGAGAUCCUCUUCCACGUUCCCUUAACCAUCUGCAGUACAGCAUGUGAGCACAGGAGACAUACCCCUUUUUUUGGUGGUGCUAAAACAGUUCCAGUGCCCUGUGAAAAGACUGGGAAGAUAAUUAAGCAAGGGUUAAAAUGAUUUUUAGUUAAAUCACCUGCCUUUUAAUAAUCAGUUAAGUUGUGAGCUGGUCUUUGACCGUAAUAAAUUAUCUAUCUAUCUAAUCAGUUAAGUAUACCUACAUUUGCAUAUUGCAAAAUCAUCUCACUCUUCAAUUUAAUAAAUAAAAACUACGACUCUGUUUAAAAGAAGAAACAUCUUCAACAUUUUCUUCUCCUUCAGUGCUAACCUAGAUCCAAACUGUGUUUUAAAAAAUUAAAAGUGUUUCCUUAUCUUACAGCAUCACCGGUUUUAUUUUUCUCCCUCCGCAAUUAAAUUGGUUUCCAAUUAAGAAAUUAAAGUUUUGUUUGAUGCACCUGCCAAUUAAAUGGCAAGCUUAUCAUCUCUGCGAGGUUGUCAUUUUCACCAUUCCAGCAGAAAGGGCAAGAGGCAGAAAUUCCAGGGGCAGAUUGCUGGGGGGAAGGGCCAAGCUGGCACUCCUGGGGAGUAAUCCAAUUCAGUUCACAUUUGCAGGUGAACCUAUCUAAUUUUGCACUUUCAGAAAUGAUGUGUGUGAACAGCCAUAUUACUGGACAUUGCACACAAAAUAUGUCAGGAGAAAUUCACAUUAAGAUGCCAACAAGUUUUCAUGAGGGGUUCAAGGGGGCGAUCACAAGUCGAUGUAGAAAUGUGGAGAGGUAAACAUAAGGGUGGAAAAACGAGGAACUAGAGAGGAAAUGAAAUUGACAGAUUCACCAACCCCCAGCUGCCUCUAGAGAAAUUGAACCUGACACCAAAAUUCGUCAGUGAAAUACUUAAAACAAAUAUGACCUCAUGCUGAUUUCUCUUGACCUCAUUUGAGGCCUAUCCACACUGACCUGGAAGUAAGUCCCACUGAACAGAAUGGGACUUACUUCUGAGUAGGCAUGCAAAGGAUUGCACCAGCUAAGCUGAAAAACCCUGUGCAGACUUGCAGGCUCCACUGAACUCGGUGGCGUUUGUUUCCAAGUGAAGAACGUGUAGGAUGGAACUUCCCAUAUCCUCCUCCCCUUUGCCUCUUCCCUCACUGCAAUACUGUGCCGCAGCCGUGUCAGUCGUCGGUCUCCAGGUAUCAGGGAAAUGCUGGAUUCUGGUCCAGCCUCAAACCUCCUGCUUUGUGUUGGCAUGAUGGGUGUCUGAGCGAGAGGCUCAGAUGCGCUCCCACACUCUCAGGAGCGCUGUCGCUGAAGUCUCAUUAAACUGUCAACAGCCUUCUCCUAUUUCCUUUCACGCCGCACACCCAUUUUGCCAGGCUGACUGCGAAAAGGAGAAGCUUGCUCCCUUUCAUCAGCCCUCCUCCCCUGUUUUGACAGCAGGCCGCAAAUCCCGAGAAGGCAGACACUCGGGACGACUGGCGCAACUUUGCUGGAGGAGGAGGAGGAGAGAACAGCAGGAAACAUUGUUGAGAGAUGCUUCGUUCAGCCAGUAUCCCUGACCCAAAGCUCCUAGGGUUGGGGGACCCAUGACAUUCCCUAUCCCCAGAAGUUGUUGGCGUUCCCCAUUAUCUCUGACCAUUGGCCAUACUGGUAGGGAGCUGUUAUUAUUUUUGCCCUUUGCCCCAGGGCAGGUUUCAGCAUUAUAACGCAAUAUUAAAAACCGUUUAAAGCAACUUGCUGGCACCAAGGUUGGUCCAAAAAAUAUCCACUUUGAGUGCCAAAAGACAGAGCAAAGAGGUGCAUCUUCACCAUUGGCCAGAAGGUCCCAGGUGCAACUCUAUGGAGAGAGAAUUUCAGGGCUGCUGCAGAGAGCGCCCUCUUCUGGUCCACCACCAACUAAGCUUCUAAGGGAGAAGGAACUACCAAGAAGGCCCCCUUUGCUGAUCUUAGAACCCAAGGUGGGUCUGUAGAGAUAGAAGUGGUCUUUCAAGUAUUUGGGGCCCGAGUCGUUGAGCUGGAAUCCAGCAGCAUCUCAGUGGCAAAUUUAGCUGACAAAUUUGAGCUGCACAAUUAAAGUAGAUUUUGAGCUCCUGCACAACAAACCCGCUUCCUCCCGGAGUCCUUUUUGCAGCCAGGAAAGUGACAGGCGAAAUUCAUCAUCAAGAAGUGUGGGAUAACGUGUACUUGACACCCAACAUUGUCUAACCUCCCCACAAAAAAUCAGGACAGAUGCUCGCUAAAUAGCCAGCAGGCAAAUCACAAUGGAUUCUGAAUGCACAGGUCAUCUGAAAGCACUCACGAGAAGCGGGUUGGGGCAGUAUGCCUGGGAAUUUUCUGCCAAGUAUUCAUUUGUUUGCAGAGCCCUGCUGAGAGGCUGUGCCCUUUGCUCCAGCUGAGUGCCGGUUCCUGAUACGUGGUGACGUGGUAAAUCUCAAGGGCGGGCAGAGUACCUGUUCUUGCUAACAGGAUUGUGAGGCCAAAGGUAACCAGCUUUAUUAAAUGCGAACCCUGGAAUUUGGGGCCUUCUCCAAACUGAUGCCAAAGUUUUGUACUUGUUUUGUACCACAAGCUUUGCGUUCUGUAACCCCCCCCCCCUCAAAUGAGCAAUUGAUACAGGAUUUGCUAUCAGUUUGGAGGGGGUUCCAAAUUUUGGGGUUUGCAUUUAAUAAAGCUUAUGCAAUCUCCAAAUCCCCCCCCAAAGAAAUUUCUUAAUAUUUUUAUAUUGCAUUGAUUUUCUUAUCCCUUUCUGUUUAUUCUGCCAGUUACGCUACCUCUCCUGUGAGUAGCCUUGGGCGACCUGAAAUAGAAAGAAGGGAUAUGAAAACGGGUUUUAAGAAAUACCGAAAAUUGUUACACUUUUUCAGUCUUGGGUGCCCACUGUCAGAUCCAACCACUUUAAGUGGGGACUCUCUAGUCGACCUGUUUACUGAGUAUUCAUCUUGAUUUGCAUGUCGCAAGGCUUGCAUGGGGGUUAUAAUAUUUUCUAUCCACGUACCUAUUUCCUGCAAUAAGCUACUUCGUUGUUUUCCUUACCUCCAAACAUCUCCCAGUGCAAACAUCUCCAGGGAGAAGUCUGCUCUCUAACCAAAAUUCAGCCCCUUAAUCCUGCCUUCCUCUGCAACCCGGGAGGGUCCCAAGAGGUAAUUGGGACCAAUUAUUCCAAGACUCUGCUUCUGCGCUUAUGCCUCCAUCCAUGCCACCCUUUCCCAGCUGUGAGAAAACAUUGAGUCAUGUGAACUUUCCCUUGCAGUUUGCAGUCCAGCAGUAACUGGACUUCAUGUGAUGUUAGCGCACGUUUUCAUAGACCGAUUUCUUCAGCCCGAUGAGUCUGAGGUGACCUUUCGUUUUCCUAAUCGUGCAGUUUUCGCCCUUUCUGAUUUUUGCAUCAUCCGCUAACCAAGAAUGCAUACUAUUUCCCCACUGCAAGCACUCCAUGCUUGUCGUGUUACUCAUUCUCUCUGCUAAACCCAUCAGGGCAAACCCUGGGCUGGCCAUCUUCUUUUACUAGCUCAAGGGAAGAGAGCCUAAACUUGGGGGAAGUUUCUUUUCCUUUCUCCAAGUGAGUAUUUCGGCAGGAAUUUUAACGCCGAACACUCGCUCUCGUAAACGUCAGGGUCCGUGUUGUGAAGAGUUUGCGAGGGCAGAGCCUGUAAGUGGGUCAUCCGUGUGAAACUUGCAAGAAGCUGCCAGAAGGCCAAUAUUUUUUUUUAUGCGUUCAUGGUUUUGGUUCUGCACUGGAAGCUGCUGUGGAGCACAAUGUUGUUUUCUUCCGGAUGAGCCAGCAGUUUCAGAGUUUGACCCACAGGACUCAGGCCAGGGCACUGUUCACGGGUGCCCUGGGUCUUUUAAAGUGGGUAUGGGGUGGGUCUCCUCAGGUCCUACUUGUGGGUUUUCCUUUGGCAUCUUUAUUGGCUGCUGUCUUGCAUUAGAUGGGCCUUUGAGCCUAUCCGGAAGAGCUCUUCUGCAUUCUUGUGGCUCUCUCCUUCUCCUCCUCUCCACCUCUUCCUUAAAAGAAAACAAGAUGCUGGAGCCCUUUUUGUGGUCCACUUUGGGAUAAGGAUACGGCCUCUUGCGGGUCACAUGCUUUCACCUGAGAACCAAUCAUUUCAGCAAGGUUCUGUGGGACAGCAGAUCAAAAAUAGCAUACCCCCCUAUCAGGGCUGGAUUUAGGUUUGAUGAGGCCCUAAGCUACUGAAAGUAAUGGGGCCAUUUAUAUGUCCAGCUGUCCUUUGUCAACCGCAAAUUGUUGCUGUUUUUUGUGUUGAAUAUAUGCUACAUGGUAAUUUAUGAACCUAAUAGGUAUCUAAAGCCAUUUGCACAUGUUACUGUGCAACCAGUCCAUGCUGAAUGUAGGCACCCUAUAUAUAAAGGUAAAGGGACCCCUGACCGUUAGGUCCAGUCGCGGACAACUCUGGGGUUGCGGCGCUCAUCUUGCUUUAUUGGCCGAGGGACCCAGCAUACAGCUUCCGGGUCAUGUGGCCAGCAUGACUAAGCCGCUUCUGGCAAACCAGAGCAGUGCACGGAAACGCCGUUUAACUUCCCGCCGGAGCGGUACCUAUUUAUCUACUUGCACUUUGAUGUGCUUUCGAACUGCUAGGUUGGCAGGAAUAGAAAUGAGCAAACCAGUGAUAUUUUAGGGAGCAAGCUGGCAGGCGGGGCCCAUGACUUACAUCAUAGGCUGACUCCAGAGCACGGCACCAAAAAAACAGAAGGAAAACUUACCUUGACCCCGUACGUCACCACUCUCCUCUUCCUUCUUGAGCCACAGAACUUCCGGAAGUACGUCUGCAUUGUUUGGAGGAGGAGGAAACUGGUCGUGAUGCUGCAGAGGUCGGGGCAACCUUCCCUGGGCCGCUCUGGACAGCACAGUGUCUCCCAAUGUUGUGCAGGCUGGGGCAACCUUCCCCAGGACACUCCAUUCCACAUAGCCUCUCAUGAGGCUGCGGAGCAGGAGGUGGAAGACAGAAAACAGAAAUAGGAGAGGGGAAGGGGGGCCAAGGAAUGAGUUGCGGCAGUAAGUGGGCGGGCAAGAAAGGGUUUGGCAGCAAGGAGGGGGCGAGCGAUGGGAUGGGGGGUGCCCCAAAUUUUCCUCCCAAAAUGUUGGGGGGUGUAUGAGAUAGUAGCAUUUAAGUGGAGAUACGUUUCUAUUUUUUAAAACGGAAAGGAGCUUUUAUGGCGUGCUUUACAAGUGGUCCCUGAAAAACGGGUACCUGCCUGUAGAAUGAAUAGGAUGAGGGGCCUUUGUAAGAAUUGAGUGCUUCCCCCCCGCUUCAAAGGAGUGGGUUACUUGUCUGGAUCAAUAAAGAGAGGCCAUCAUUGGACCUUCCUGCUGACAGGCACUUUUUAGCACCGUAGCAGGGGAAAUUGUCCACAAAUAUCGAGGACAAAAAAAGGCCCCGUCUGAGAGAGGCUGACAAAGGCUGGAGUCUUUUUAAAAGCUGCAAUGAAUGGGGCUCUCAGUGGCCUGGCUAGAAGCGAAAGAUGAUUUGUCUGGUUUCAGUUUCUGGUUUCAAGCCCUCGGUGUGUCCCACUUGUUCACGCCGGAUUUCUCAGGGAGAGCUGUGCCAACGUUUCCCUGCAAUGCUUGAGGUCCCAAAGGCAGCAGUAUUGUGAUUAUGAUUAUUCAUACGCUGCAGGGUUUAGUUCUCUCUCUUUUCUUUUUUGUCACUUGGGCUGCCUCCCGACUGUCACCGUUCUUCGCGAGGGAUUCAAGCGCACACCAAAGGUGUAGGUUUGCAGAGUUAAAGUGGGUUAAAGGGGCCUGAUAAAGGUAAAGGUAAAGGUACCCCUGCCUGUACGGGCCAGUCGUGACCAACUCUAGGGUUGCGCGCUCAUCUCGCUCAAGAGGCCGGGAGCCGGCGCCGUCCAAAGACACUUCCAGGUCACGUGGCCAGCGUGACGAAGCUGCAACUGGUGAGCCAGCACCAGUGCCGCACAUGGAAAUGCCGUUUACCUUUCCGCUAUAAAGCGGUACCUAUUUAUCUCUUGCACUUAGGGGUGCUUUCGAACUGCUAGGUGGGCAGGAGCUGGGACCGAACGAUGGGAGCUCACCCAGCCGCGGGGAUUUGAACCACCGACCUUACGAUCAGCAAGUCCUAGGCACUGAGGUUUUACCCACAGCGCCACCUGCGUCCCUAAGUGGCCUGAUACACCAGUGCAAAACACAAAUCCACUUUAAAGGAGAAACUUGGCUUUCUAGAGUUUGGAAACUGAAAGGGAGGUGCUUUGGAAAGUGUAAAAUGAACAAAUCACUAACAGGAUGACAUAUAAGCACCCCGCAAGCAAGCAUUAAGCAUUAAUUGUGAUUUAUUUGCAUUGAGGUCCUAUAACCCCAGUGCAAAUCAAUCACAACUAAUGCUUAAUAAAGACCAGGUACAUUCCUAACUUCCAUGUAAGCUUUGUGCAAGAAAAUUCAUCAUGAAUGCUCAAUAAAUAUUUAGAGGAGCAUGUAGUCAUUGAACAUACUAAUGACCUGCUGGCCAUAUGUCUAUCUCUUCUUUAUUCAUUUACAUUUGAGAAGACAUUAUUGAUUCCUGCCCUCCAUGGGCACAAGAUGUUGGACAUAACAUUAUGUUCGCUGACUGGGAACAGUUAUGGACCACAGGUAUGAAGUUUACGGCAUGUAAUGCCUUAAGAGAGAAUAUUAUGAAAAUGAUAUACAGGUGGUAUAUGACCCCAGUCAAGCUUGCAAAAAUUUAUCAUUUGCCCGAUAAUAAAUGUUGGAAAUGUAAAGAAACUGAAGGUACAUUCUUUCACCUUUGGUGGACGUGCCCAAAGAUUAAGGCUUUCUGGGAAAUGAUAUACAAUGAACUGGAAAAGGUAUUUAAAUAUACCUUUCUGAAGAAACCAGAGGCCUUUCUCUUGGGCAUUGUCGGCCAACUGGUGCCAAAGAAGGACAGAACCUUUUUCAUGUAUGCUACAACAGCAGCAAGAAUACUUAUCGCAAAGUAUUGGAAGACACAAGAUCUACCCACUUUGGAAGAAUGGCAGAUGAAGGUGAUUGACUACAUGGAAUUGGCGGAAAUGACUGGCAGAAUCCGAGACCAGGGAGAAGAGUCGGUGAAAGAAGAUUGGAAAAAUUUAAGGACUAUUUACAGAAAUAUUGUAAAAUUAAGGAACUUUAGAAGGAUGUUGGAUAGAAAUUAAGAGGUUUUUAGCUGUAAUGCUUUAAGAGACAUGAAAAAAAAGGUUAACAAUUGGGUAAAAGAUUAAUGGUAAGGAUUUGCUGAACCAACAAACUGAAUUGGAAUACAAAGAAGGGAGGUAUGAGGAGGUCUGGGGAAAUAAGAGUAAGGAAGAUAGGUUAUGGAACAUCAUUGUGUUUUUAAUUGUUUUAUUUUGUAUGUUUUUUCUUACUUUUUACUUUUUUGCUGUAAUUUAUACUUUUUUCUUUGUUUUCUGUAUUUUUGUGAAACUUUAAUAAAUAUCAUUUAAAAAAAAAAAAAAAAUUGAUUCCUGCCCUCCUUGUAGCCCACAAAUGCCAAAAUCAGAAAUUUGCCUCUUGAGUCAUCUGUUUUGUGCUUCCAAAAUAUAGAAGGCAAAGGAAUUUGUUUUGAAUGGGGUUUUUACAGCGAAUUUGAUGGUUCCAAGCCAACGGAGCCUGUCUUGUGUUGGACCACAUCUUAAACUGAGCACCUUUUUGACAUUCAACACUAGCCCUACUCAGAGUAGACCUGUCAAAGUUAAAGGCCAUGGCUCACAUAGGUUCAUUUCAGUGGUUCUACUCUGAGUAGGACUUCGCUGAAUGCAACCUAUUGCCAGGAUCUUUUAAUGGUUUUUUAAAUAAUGUUUUUAAUGGUCGACCAGCCGUGUGCAAAAUUAUAAUAUUCUAUAAUGCUGCGCGAAGGUGGAUCUUCCAUUUCUUCCUGGAAAGACUUGCGCUGACACCAGACUCCAGCUCAGUUAAUCUUUAUCUUUCUUUUGAAACCUGCAGGUAUGGGAUGAAUUGCCUCAUUCAGUUUGAAGACUUUGCCAACGCCAAUGCCUUCCGCCUUCUCAACAAAUACCGCGACAGAUAUUGCACGUUCAAUGAUGACAUUCAAGGUAAGAGAUGCAGAGCGUUCGCUGACGAGACACGGGACUUGGUACCAUGCUGCGUGGAGUUUCGCAUGCAGCUGCUUUCUGCUGUUGAGGAAAUUGGUCAAAGGAUGAGCACAGAAGCUGUGUGGCGUCUUAGACGUGUGGAUGUGCUGAACUAGCUCAUCCCAGACUUGAGGAAAAAGUCCGCAGGGGCAUUCGGAAGUGUUGUUGGCAGCGGAUGACACCCAUUAGUACAACUAUCUGGCAGUAAGAAGACUCAUUUCUUCUUGGCUGCUACUGUGAUGUCAGUAACAGAUGGUAAGGUUCUGGGCGACAUGGAACUACCAUCAAUUGGGUUUCUCUGGGGCUUGUUCAGCUUUUUGCAACGCCUCGUUGAUCUUUUCCUUUUUAAGUUCUGUUCAGAUAAGUGUUUUGGAGUCUGUUUCCUGCUGUUUGGGGGCUGGGGGCUUUAAAUAUGCUUGUAUUAGGCUACUGAGGAAUGCAAAUUCACGGUCACAUUGCAGCCUUUUAGGGUCAGCUGGAUUCUGGAUUACACUUACACACACACACACACACACACACACACACACACACACAUCUUAUUCCUUUCACUGAUGCACUUUUCUUCCACAAACCCCACCCUCUGCUCCCCUGUGAAACUGGAAAGAUAAUUGGAAAAUACCGUUAGUUUCUUGCAUCAGUAGACCCCACUGGUAGGAUUAAGGGCCCCUACAGAUGUCCUUCUCAUUUUGCAUCCACAAUUAUUUGUGCUCAUUCUGGUAUCAAGGUGUUGUUGUUGUUUAGUCGUUUAGUCAUGUCCGACUGUUCGUGACCCCCUGGACCAGAGCACGCCAGGCACUCCUGUCUUCCACUGCCUCCCGCAGUUUGGUCAAACUCAUGCUGGUAGCUUCAAGAACAUUGUCCAACCAUCUUGUCCUCUGUCGUCCCCUUCUCCUUGUGCCCUCCAUCUUUCCCAACAUCAGGGUCUUUUUCAGGGAAUUUGGAUUACUGUGAUGUUAAAAGGUCUGCCUUGGAUUCGUAUUGAGAUCAUUCUAUCAUUUUUGAGAUUGCAUCCCUGUACAGCUUUCGCCACUCUUUUGUUGACUAUGAGGGUCACUCCAUUUCUUUUACGGGAUUCUUGCCCACAGUAGUAGAUAUUUUGUUGUCAUCUGAACUGAAUUCGCCCAUUCCCGUCCACUUUAGUUCACUGAUGCCCAGGAUGUCAAUAUUUAUUCUUGCCAUCUCAUUUUUGAUAUUUGAUAUUUAUUCUUGCCAUCUCAAAAAUGAGAUGGCAAAAAAAUGAGAUAGUAUCAAGGUAGUCACAUGCAAUUCCGCUUUCAACACUGCACCCUCAAAGGUUUUGGGGGUGGGCAUGCUGCAAAGCUGUGGUUUUCCCAGUAGUGAUGUAUGGAAGUGAGAGCUGGACCAUAAAGAAGGCUGAUCGCCGAAGAAUUGAUGCUUUUGAAUUAUGGUGCUGGAGGAGACUCUUGAGAGUCCCAUGGACUGCAAGAAGAUCAAACCUAUCCAUUCUGAAGGAAUGGAAAAGCAGCAUGUUCAUGAUGUUGUUGUUGUUGUUGUUUAGUCGUUUAGUCAUAUCCGACUCUUCGUGACCCCAUGGACCAGAGCACGCCAGGCACUCCUGUCUUCCACUGCCUUCCACAGUUUGUCAAACUCAUGCUGGUAGCUUCGAGAACACUGUCCAACCAUCUUGUCCUCUGUAGUCCCCUUCUCCUUGUGCCCUCCAUCUUUCCCAACAUCAGGGUCUUUUCCAGGGAGUCUUCUCUUCUCAUGAGGUGGCCAAAGUAUGGUAGCCUCAACUUCAGGAGCUGUCCUUCCAGUGAGCACUCAGGGCUGAUUUCCUUAAGAAUGGAGAGGUUUGAUCUUCUUGCAGUCCAUGGGACUCUCAAGAGUCUCCUCCAGCACCAUAAUUCAAAAGCAUCCAUUCUUCGGCAAUCAGCCUUCUUUAUGGUCCAGCUCUCACUUCCAUACAUCACUACUGGGAAAACCAUAGCUUUUACUAUACGGACCUUUGUCGGCAAGGUGAUGUCUCUGCUUUUUAAGAUACUGUUUACACCUGCCAAAAACAAAACAAAAAAACACCAGUCUGGAAGGACAAAUAUCAGCCUAGUCUCAGAGCAGUAUGGCCAGAAUCCAGGCUGGGAAGAUGGGGGAAUGUCUUGUCCCACACUAGCUAGAGGGGGAUUGUGGUGACAUUUAAAGCAGAAUAAGCAUAACUUGUGAACAAUGGUGCAUUAGCUGAAAUGGGGGGUGACUCCCAAGAGACAAUUAAAGCUUUGAUUGCAGCCUUCCUCUCCCUUUCCAAAGGAGACUUACAGCUGGAAUCCUAAACACACAUUCUUUCAAAUAAGCCCCAUUGAAAUUAAAGCCACUUACUUGCAAGUAAACAUGGUGAGGGACUGGGCCCUUAGCCAGUCUAGCUUCCCUUUGUUAAUUAAGGAACUCUGUUUGAAGUAGAAACUUGCAAGUUUGCGGAAAGCAAAGAGACCAGUUUACAAAAGAAUCCCUUCAGCAAUCUGUGGCAAGAUUUAUUUUUUUAAGAGUGACCCUUUGGGAUUAAACAAACAUUGAUUAGCCAACGGUUUGUGCAAAGCAGCUGCGAACACCUUUUUUUUUUUUUUUAACCCCCCCUUCAAGUUCAGCAAACUGUAAUCCCAAAGAUAAAUUAUUCUUCUGUGCCCACGGUGCAUUAAUUUUGUUGUCUUUUGAGUAAUUGGAGAGCGAGAGAACAAACAUGUGGAGGCGAUGGAGGAUUAGAAACACAUUUUGAGGAGGGGAAAAAACCCUAUUACUGGUUCUUGUCGUUGCACCAAAGCCUUGCAACCUUUUCAUCCUAUCUGGAAUUGGAUAGGAUUAUGAGUAACGACACACCCUGUCUUGCAGGGAUAUAGGCUUCUUAAAACCACAUCACAGAACAGGCUGAGUCAUACAGCAACAUCGAUGCCUCAACCCACUCACCCCACUUCUUCUAUCUUUAUGAGAGCAUUUUUAAAAAAAUAAACACCCUGAGUUUAUUUGGCAGUGUCCACUUAGUUAGCUUUACAAACCAACUAUUAAUCCGUAGCUCCACCUAGUGGAAAGAGGAGUGCAGAGCAGUUUUGAGAUGAUGAACAUUCAUAUACAGUCAUACCUCUUCUUGCGAACGCUUCAUGUUGCCUUUAUUUGGAUUAAGAAUGCGGCAAACCCAGAAGUGUUUACAUGCGCAGAAGUGCUGCUCUGGUUGCAGACUUUUCAGGGUGCAAACGGCACCCCAGAACGGAUCGUGUCCGCAACCAGAGGUACCGCUGUAUAAGAUAGCUAGCUAGCUAGAUGAUAGAUAGAUAGAUGAUAGAUAGAGGUAGAUGGAUGGAUAGAUAGAUGAUAGAUAGAUAGAUAGAUAGAUAGAUAGAUAGAUAGAUAGAUAGAUGAUAGAUAGAUAGAUAGAUAGAUAGAUAGAUAGAGAUUGCUGUCAUUUAGUCAUUUAGUCAUGUCCGACUCUUCGUGACCCCAUGGACCAGAGCACGCCAGGCACUCCUGUCUUCCACUGCCUCCUGCAGUUUGGUUAAAAGAUAGAUAGAUAAAUAGCUAGAUACCCUUUAAUCUUUCGUGCAAGAAUGGAUUAUUGCAUAAAGGCCUUUUAAAGUGAUUAUAGGAAAAAGCAAAGACAUCAUCGGAGGUCUUACAAGCAGCCUUCUAAGAAACAGUGGUUUGAUUACAUCUGUAGGAAGGUUUCGUUUGAACCAAGGAGGAAAACAACUAUGUGUGUUUCAGGCAGUGAGCUGAUUGGUCAACACCCAGAACACAGGAAACUGCCCACUGGGUGACCUUGAGCCAGUCACUGUCUUUCCCCCUAACCUACCGCGCAGGGCAGAGGUCAGCAAGGUUUAUCUUGCCUGGGCCAGAUCAGUCCCAUGGAGAUCCCUCCGUGGGCCGGAUCCCACGCCUGCGAUUUUCGGUGUCUGCGCUAAAUGCUAAAUAACUAUAAAGUGAGUCCUAAAAAUACACACCGCAAGGGUAAAAAGGUGAUGGGUGGGGGGAACCAAUAAAGGACUAAGCCUAGAAUCCUACCUGUGCAACUUCUUCAAAAGGAAAAACAGAAUAGCUCACCUGAAGUGUGCGGAAGGAGGCGGACUGACAGCUGAGCCAACAUUCAUCUCACUGGAUUUCAUGAAUGCCAUAGCAAAUUGUAAAGCUGUGUUCACACUGCGGGCAAGGAACCUGCUGUGAUUACUCUUCAAAUAACUGUCUGCAUUUCCCCCUUUGAUGUGGCGUUUCCUAACACUUAAAAGCAGAGCCGCAGCACCUGCUGGGUUUUAAAUGUUGUUUAGAUUGCAUGCUUGCCCAAGAUAAUGUUGAAAUCUCUCCCCUCCUGAACUAUUCAUUAUAGUUUUCUCUGUGCCUAAUUGAGACAGGCAUGGAAGGGAGGCAGGUGAAGGAAAUUAAAGGGAAAUCUGUGUUAAUUUUUAAUCCUAGCUGGAUAAAUGUUUCCUAAGACUGUGAUCUGAAAGACUGCUAAUGUGCUCAGUGUUCUGCUCAUGAGCUUUCUGGAGAUACAACACAAGACGACAAGCAUUUGGGCUUCUUGCGUUCCUUUGUUUUUCAUCCAUAUUCAGUGGUGCCCAUCUUUCAUUUCAGAACGAAUCUGAGCAAUCCACAAGCCGCCUUGUGUCUCUCAAACGUGGGUCCCCAGCUGUUGCUGGACUACAACUCCCAUCAUCCCUAGCUAGCAGGACCAGUGGUGAGGGAUGAUGGGAGUUGUCGUCCGACAACAGCACAAAAUACUACCAAAAUACAAAAUCAGGCAUUCUAACAAUCAACACAUUUAAGACAGGCAGCAAAAUACACUUCAAAGCAAACACCUUGCAGAACUUGCACCAUGUUUCAAAAGCUGCUAGAGACAGAAACAUAUUUGUUAACCUCCGAGAAGAAUGGCAGAUGAAAGUGAUGGACUACAUGGAACUGGCUGAGAUGACCGGCAGAAUUCGAGACCAGGGAGAAGGGUCGAUGGAAGAAGAUUGGAAAAAAUUCAAAAUAUACCUUCAAAAAUAUUGCAAUAUAAAAGAAUGUUAGAAAGAGGUUGGAGAAAGAAUAUUAGGUCGUUCUGGUAGAUAUGAUAUAAUGGACUAAGCAAAAAUGAGUUGUGGAAAUUGAUGAAAUAGAGGAGGUUUAAUUACAUUAUUUUAAUUUUAAAAUACGUAAAUGAAAAUAAGGUUAGAAGGAUUUGCUGGAAAUACGAUCUGAACUAGAAUACAAAAUUGGGAGGUGAGAGGAGGUCAUGGAAAUAAGUAAAGGGAAAAGGUUAAGUAAAGGUUUAAUCUGUUUUUGUUUUAUUUUAACUUAAUGUAUUUUUAUUUUUUUUUGUUAAGUCUUCUUUUUAUUCUAUUUUAUUGUUCUUUUUUAUUUGUUCAUUCUACGCUUUGUUACGGUUAAAGCUUUCUUUGUAUUUUGUAUGGUUUUUCUUUUUCUUUUUUGUAACUUUAAAUUCGGAAUAAAUAUCAUUUAUAAAAAAAAAAGAAACAUAUUUGUUAACCAUUUCAAAUCGGCAGGGAGUUCCAUAAUUUUGAUGCCACCACUGAAAAGCCCUGUUUUUUUCAACUGUCCAACGGAUCUCAUGAGUAAACGGGACAGAAAACAGUUGCCUCUGCUGCUGAUUUUGAAGCCCUGGGAAAGUUUGACUGUCUUGUUAUCUCUGUGUUCCCAGGGACAUUUCCAGCAACGGCAUGUGACUCUAUGGGGUUUGGGGUUGUUGUUUUCUUUUCCCAGGAACUGCUUCUGUUGCAGUAGCUGGCAUCCUUGCAGCCUUGAGGAUCACAAAGAACAAGCUUUCUGACCACAAAUUUGUCUUCCAAGGAGCUGGAGAGGUAGGAUCCCUGUUACUCUUGAGGAAAGGCCGAACAAGUCACCGUUUCCCUUUUGCUCAUUCCUUUUUCUCUUUUUAAAUAGCUGAACAGAAAUUUGAAAGCAGUGAAGUCAUCGUAAGCCUCAGGAGGCGGGGGUAGUUUUGAGCUUUGCAGCUCUCCUCACAUGGUUGCUUUGCAGAAAGAGAUUACACAGCUGUGAGGGAGACGGCCCAGAACGACCCUUGUGUUUAUGGCUUGGGAUGUGAGCCUACAUUUGUGCCAAGUCCCUAAAGAUCCUGCAGCGUUUCGUAGAGAAUGAGACAUGACCCACGGCUACCCAUAUUUCACAAGCUUCUGCUUUGUGUCUAGCGAAUGAAGUAAACAGUGCUUCAGAUUAUUUUAAUUAACAAAAAAAUAACACACACCAAAACCAGCCAGAAACCAGAAUCACCUCCCUUCCCAGGUGAUUUUUCUUUCUGGUCCCCCCCCCCCAUUCCGGGAAUGAAUUAGAAUUACAGAAUUGCACAGUUGGAAGAGACCACAACAGUCCUCUAAUUCAACCCCUUGGUAAAUGCAGGUUCUACAGUGCAAAAAUGGAUGACCACCCCAUCAUCUCCUUAGGAGUCUCUAGCAAAAGAGAGCCCACUACCUCCCAAGUCUGCCUGUGGUCACUAUCAAACAACUCUAACUGAUAGGCAAUUUCUCCUAAUAGAGGAAAUGAUUGCUGGUGGUGGUUGAUUAGAUUUAUAUAUCGCCUUUCAUCAAAAGAUCUCAGAGCGGUUCAGAAGAUAAAAGCACAAAUAAAUAGUUAAAACAGAAACAAUACCCCCCCCAAAAAACCCCACAAUUAAAAGACUGUAGAAUAUUAAUCAGCCAAAGGCCUGGUUGAAGAGGAACGUUUUUGCCUGGCAUCUAAAAAUACGUAAUGAAGGUGCCAGGCAGGCCUCCCUGGGGAGAGCAUUCCACAAAAGGGGAGCCACUGCAGAAAAGGCCCCGUUCUUGUGUUGCCACCCUCGGGACUUCUUGUGGAGGAAGCACACAAAGAAGGGCUUCAGAAGAUCACAGAGUCUGGGUCUGUUAAUAUGGGGACAAGUCAUCCUUGAAAAUUGCGGUUCUGAGGCUUUAGAGGUCAACACCAGCACUUUGAAUUGGGCAUGUCAUCGGUUGUCUUUUCUGUCUGUGUUUUCAGGCAGCGAUGGGCAUAGCUCACCUGAUUGUGAUGGCCCUGGAGAAGGAAGGAAUUUCAAGGGGAGAAGCUAUCAAAAAAAUCUGGAUGGUGGACUCCAAGGGACUCAUUGUAAAGGUAUUAACAACAGGUCUAUGCUCCCCAUCCUGGGGCAAGUCUGGGGGAAGGCAGGGGUGUGUGUGUGUGGAGAGCAACUUUGCAAAUGUUUGGGAUGGCUCAGUGCAGAAAUGAAAGAAGCCUAUUGUGAAGAGCACCUAUUGGCUAGCACCCAUGGCCACAAACACAUGUAUGCCAAUAUAUCUUGACAGUCCAGCAUGCUGCUGUAUAAUACUUGUCUGUAAUGCAGUUUGCAAUGGUGAGUUCACAGGACUCAUGGAAUCCUGUCCAUUUUCAUCCUCUGUUCCUUUUGAAAACCGAGCCCAGUUCCCCAAGGCCUCUAUACAUAGGAAUGUAUUAGUUUCUUGGAUUUCUCAAAUCCUCUUCCCUCCCCCCCCUUGCUCCAACCCCAAGCAUUUGGGAUAGAUAGCUAAAAAAAAAUUUUUAACACAUGCAUACUGACAAAACCAAAUAGAAUGAAAUAUCCAUUAAAUAGAAAAGUGGUGUGUCAAAUUUUAAGUGAGGCCAUCGUCUCCCUUCUUUAACCGUCAAAAGUCAACGCAGCAAAUGGCAUUCCCUCCAACAUUUCUCCGAUGAAAAUGGGGACAUCCCAUUCCAUAAUGAUAAUUUUGCUAUUUAUACCCUACACAUCUUACUGGGUUGCCCCAGCCACUCUGGGCAGCUUCCAACAUAUAUUAAAACAUAAUAAAACACUAAACAUUUAAAAAACCCUUUUCUAUACAGGAUUGCCUUCAGACAACUUGGGGGGUCGGAUAACUCCAUACCCUCCAAUAUUUCUCCCAUGAAAACAGGGACAUCCUAAGGAAAAGUGGGACAUUCCAGGAUCAAAUCAGAAACUGGGACAGUGUCUGUAAAUAGGGUCACUUGGAGGGUCUGAAAUUACCGUCUUGCACCAACUUCAGAUAGCACUCAGACUUGGACUUUGGGGGGGUCUCCAGAGGAAAGGAGCUUCUCCAGCAUUUGUGGGGCACCCACCAAGAACAAGUCAUAAGUUCUUGGUGCCCAGGUGGCAUAAUCUUAGCAGAUAUCCGGUGUUAGGGCAAAGGCGUCUGCUUCAAGUCUAUCACCUUUUGCUUUGUUUGACUCCCAGGGCAGAAGUCACUUGAACCAUGAGAAGGAGAUGUUUGCUCAUGACCAUCCCAACGUGAAGACCCUGGAGGAAGUGGUGAAGGCAGUAAAACCAACAGCCAUCAUUGGUAACUGUUAUGCUCCCAAUUGCUUUGGAACGCUUGCUUUUGUUUUUAUAUUUCUGCUUUUAAGCAGUGCUUUUUAGACUGCAGCCUUAAGAGAUAAACCAUUUGCUGAUGCUUUUGUUUUUGUUUUUCCUUUACCUGUUGCAGGUGUGGCUGCUAUUGCUGGCGCUUUCUCUGAUCAGAUUCUGAAGGACAUGGGGUCUUUCAACAAGAGGCCAAUUGUGUUCGCCCUGAGCAACCCUACAAGCAAAGCAGAAUGCACUGCGGAACAAUGUUACCGCUUGACCGAGGUAUAAGAUUCCCCUUCCUCCUGCUUUCAUUUCAUUUUUGAUUAAUUAAUUAAAUUUAAUAAUUGUGUACCACUUGACUGCAAGGAAACCUCUAAGUGGCUUGCAAAAAUUUAUAACGGAACAUUAAGGUUACUGCUUUUAAAAACAAGCAAACAGUUAAAGACAGCUGUUUAAAAAUAUUACUACCUUGCCACCCCAUUCUCUGCUGAGCCGCUGAAUGAAAUUACAGAAUUCCAGGCGCUUCCCCAAGGUUGUACUUCCAUUGGGAAAAUUGAGACACAGCGGAAGCUACUAGCUAGUGUCUUUAAGAUAUAGGGUGUAUUAGAACAUGUAUACACUUGGAGGGGAUGCAGGUGGCGCUGUGGGUUAAACCACAGAGCCUAGGACUUGCCGAUCAGAAGGUCGGCAGUUCGAAUCCCCGCGACAGGGUGAGCUCCGGUUGCUCGGUCCCUGCUCCUGCCAACUUAGCAGUUCGAAAGCAUGUCAAAGUGCAAGUAGAUAAAUAGGGACCGCUCUGGCGGGAAGGUAAACGGCGUUUCCAUGUGCUGCUCUGGUUCGCCAGAAGCAGCUUAGUCAUGCUGGCCACAUGACCCAGAAGCUGUACGCUGGCUCCCUUGGCCAGUAAAGCGAGAUGAGCGCCACAACCCCAGAGUCGGCCACGACUGGACCUAAUGGUCAGGGGUCCCUUUACCCUUUACUUUUAUACACUUGGAAGUCUGCAGCGGAGGGGGUGCAGAACAUUACAGCCCAAAAGGGUGUCAAGUUGCCCCUCUCAUAGCUUCAGCAAAAGCAGCAGUCAGUCAUGGCUCUUGGUCUCUCGGUGCAGUUUCCUCCAGUCGGCAGUCAAGAUGUUCUUACCUCCAGCCCCCGCCUAGAGUUCUGGCCUGCCCAGCCCCUCAUGGAAUCGGAAUCAUAGAAUUGUAGAGUUGGAAGGGACCACGAGGGUCACGUAGUGAAGUGAAGGACAUGAGGCAGGAGUUGAUAAUGCAGGUGAGCUGUGCAGGAGCAAGCUGCCAGCCAGCUCUGUGGAGGCUCCUUUUAUUGACACAAUAUGCAAACCCAGGCAGAUCCAUUUUUGGCUGUGACCUUUACACAUCUUCCAGUCCCGAGAUCAUGGGGUGGUACAAAGUUAUUUCCACCGCGCUAUUUUCCCCUUGCACAAUGUAUGACGAAGGAGACAAAGGUCACAGACAGGACAUGGCAGACUAUUGAGACCGCCAAAGGUUAGACAGAGGGCAAGAUGUUCAGACAGCUCUGGCCUUAUCUGUGGGGGGGAGUUUGGUCCGCACCCCAAGGUCAUGCGCGCAGACAGCUGAGGCUGCCCGCGGGCAGGAGUGUGCUCCAUUCCUACAACGUAGUCCAACCCCCUGCAAUACAGAGUGGGUUCAAGGGGGGGUGGCACACGCUCUACCACCGAUGGAAAGGGCACGUGCCCCCCUUCUUCUGCCAGUGAUUGAAGAAGUCAAGGCCGCUGCUACGAAGGCUGCAAGCUUCCUUUCGGUUUCCACUUCUGCCCAAGCUGCCUGGCGUUCUCGCAAGUCUCUCAAGGUGCCCAAAUCUUUCUUGCUCUCUUUACAGGGCCGAGGCAUAUUUGCGAGCGGGAGCCCGUUCUCCAAAGUGACCCUGCCAAAUGGACAAACCUUCAUCCCAGGCCAAGGGAACAACGCCUAUGUUUUCCCGGGAGUUGCUCUGGGAGUGAUCGCCUGUGGAGUCCGGCAUAUCUCCGACGAUAUCUUUCUCACCACAGCAGAGGUUUGGGAAUUUCCUUUCCUUCUGCCACCAUUGCGGCGGCAAAUUUCUCAGGACUGCGCCCACUACCCCUUUGUGCCUUGUCCUUUCAGAACUCCUUCCCAGGGCACAUACACCUUCUGUUUUCAGGCCUACCGCCCCCCAAGUCCCCUUUCUCACAAGGCGCAGGAACAAGACCCAGGUUUAUCUGUGAGGGAAGCUGUUUACAGUGGUGCCUCGCAAGACGAAAAGAAUCCGUUCCGCGAGUCUCUUCGUCUUGCGGUUUUUUCGUCUUGCGAAGCAAGCCCAUUAGCGGUUUAGGGGAUUAGCGCUAUUAGCGGCUUAGCGGGCUUAGCGGAUCAGCUGAUAAGCGGCUUAGUGGCUUAACGGAUCAGCUGUUAAGUGGCUUAGCGGAUCAGCUGAUAAGCGGCUUAGUGGCUUAACGGAUCAGCUGUUAAGCGGCUUAGCGGAUCAGCUGAUAAGCAGCUUAGUGAUCAGCUGUUAAGCAGCUUAGCGGCUUAGCGGAUCAGCUGAUAAGCGGCUUAGCGGCUUGGGAAAAAGGGGGGGGAAAGGAAAAAAACCCCGCAGGAACUCGCAAGACAUUUUCAUCUUGCGAAGCAAGCCCAUAGGAAAUUCGUUUUGCGAAGCACCUCCAAAACGGAAAACCCUUUCGUCUAGCGGGUUUUCCGUCUUGCGAUGCAUUCGUCUUGCGGGGCACCACUGUAGUUUAUUUUUAUUUUAUAAAAUUUAUACACUGCCUUCGGGAGAAGAAAAGGCUAAGGAGGAAACUCUACACAAAUCUGGAGUGGAGUCCCUAAGAUGGUUGGAUGGCGCCUUGUACGCCUCCUUCCGGCAAUGUAUUGCUCUGCUUUCCUUUGGACCACAUCAGUGAGGCUGAGAGGGGGGUCUUGUCGUCUGGGCAGCCCAGAACCUCCAUCCACACUGCCCAGGCUUGUGCCCCGGAGAAGCCACUUAAGUGCUGCUAACACAGCAGUUUGGCUUCACCCCCAGAGGCACACUCCGUUGUCCCUUGAGACAGAUAGAUGCCAACAAGAUUGCAAACGAACAAACAAACCUCAAAGUGGUUUUGCAAAACAUUCAAGAGAUAAAAUCAGCAAGAAGCUGAAAACCAGAUUGAAAUGUACAGCAACCUUCUACAUGUCUGCAUAGGCUUGCCUAAACAAAAAUGGCUUUAUCAGGCUUGAUAUCAAUAGGCAGGGAGUUUUCUAUUAUCUUACCUAGGCAGCUGGGGAAGGCUGCCUAGGUAGGAUAAUAUUCUCAGUGAAGACUACCAGUGAAGAGCUCACAUUCAGAAGGCCUUCGCAUUUAUCUUGCUGAAAAUCCGCACAACUCUCUCUCUCCUUUCCUCCCCUUGCUAGUCAAUCGCAGAAGAGGUCACUGAGGAGAAUCUUGCAGAAGGAAGGUUGUAUCCGCCUCUGAGCUCCAUUCGAGAUGUCUCCUUAAAAAUCGCUGUCAAAGUAAGUUUCGUGGCCUUUUCCAUUUUGGUGAGGUUGAAAUGGUACAUCGGAGGCCUUCCUCUUGAAAACAAAAUGGUCCCUCUGCCUUUUUGCAAGUACCUUGCAAGUACCUUGCAAAAUGGUACUUAAAUACUAGGGUGCAGGCUUACCUGACAAGCAUAAACAGCACUGUUUAAGCACCACCAACUCGCUACACACAGGUAAGAGGGGAUCAGCUUAGGGCUCAAUGAGAUCCUCUCGCUUCCCUGCUGAGCAUUUGUGGGCGUAGCCCCUUGGGAACAGCAGUCUAGUUGCAUAAAUGUGGAUAUGGGUUAAAAUCAAUCAAACUUGUUAUCACGGUCAAUGACCAGCACAUUGUCAUUAUAGAUAUAGAAUAAUGACCAAAAUAUAUAGAAUAACACCAAAAGAGAAAACCAUAACAAUAAAAUUGCUAACAACUGUAUUGUACUAUAGGGCGGUAUACAAAUUUACCAGGCUACUAUAAAACACCAGGCACAAAGAACAUAACAACAAGUUUACUAAAACCAGUCCCUGUUGAGUUUUACAUGCUGCCGAAGAAUGUUUAGCCACCCUGGGAGAGGUGGGUGCCUUCUGAUCUGAAAGGAGUUAGAGAAGCAUAGAAUGCCAUCCCAUUGUCCUGGGAAUUUUCAUUAAAAGGGUGCAAUAAAAAUCUUAGACAUAGCACAAUAAAAAGAGCAAUAUGUAAGAGCAUGGGUUAUUGAUUCUACCUCUGCAUAUAUUACUAUUUACUAUUCCUGUUGCUUGGUCCCUGCUCCUGCCAACCUAGCAGUUUAAAAGCACGUCAAAGUGCAAGUAGAUAAAUAGGUACCGUUCUAGCAGGAAGGUAAACGGCGUUUCCGUGCACUGCUCUGGUUCACUAGAAGCGGCUUAGUCAUGCUGGCCACAUGACCCAGAAGCUGUACGCCGGCUCCCUCGGCCAAUAAAGCGAGAUGAGCGCCGCAACCCCAGAGUCAGCCAUGACUGGACCUAAUGGGGAGGGGUCCCUUUACCUUUAUUAUUAUAAUAAAUUAAAUUCGUAUGCCGCCCUAUACCCAUAGAUCUCAGGGUGGUUCACAACAGGGGAUUUAGGGGGAUCUCCCCUCUAGAACCGCUGAUGGAAGAACAUUUAAACAUGUCAGAGUAAAGGCUCCGCAAUGUUUUAGGAGGGAGGGUGUAUAAAGCUAGUUCUCUGGUUUAUUUGUUUAUUGCAUUUAUAGUCCACCUUUUUUUCCUUGAAGCUGAUGGUUCUCCCCCUCCUCAUUUAAUCCCCACCACAAACCUGUGAGGUAGGCUAGGCUGAGAGGCAGUGGCUGUCCCUCAAGGUCACCCAGCGAGCUUCAUGUCCGAGUGGGAAUUCGGACCCCGGUCUCCCAGGUCCUAGUCCAAAACCACACAGCCUCUCAAUGGCUCUCCAGUCCAUGGAAUGGGUGUGGAUAAAAUAGGCAUGCAUGGGCCUCCCAUUCAAAAAUAAAUAAAUGCCCAGCACAGUACAAUCCCCAUGGCCAGAGCGUGUGACCUAGUGGAUAGAAGUUUGGAUCAGUUUGUGACAGUAACUGUGAGUGUUUGUGUGAAACCUAUAACAAUAAAUACCGUAUUUUUUGCUUAUAAGACUCACUUUUUCCCUCCUAAAAAGUAAGGGGAAAUGUGUGUGCGUCUUAUGGAGCGAAUGCAGGCUGCGCAGCUAUUCCAGAAGCCAGAACAUCAAGAGGGAUUGCUGCUUUCACUGCGCAGCGAUCCCUCUUGCUGUUCUGGCUUCUGAGAUUCAGAAUAUUUUUUUUCUUGUUUUCCUCCUCCAAAAACUAGAUGCGUCUUGUGGUCUGGUGCAUCUUAUAGAGCAAAAAAUACGGUAUAUGUGCUGUGUGCACACAUAUGUAUUUAACAAGAUUUGUAUACCACUUAAGACACGAACAAUAAAAUUUACACACACACACACAUGAAUGAGUGGUAUAAAAUAUGAAAAAAUACAUGAAUGAUAUAAAAUAUAAAAAAUUCUGCAUUGUGCAAAGCUUGAUUUGGUGGCCUUUGUAAGUUACGCAGAUGAAGCUCAACUUGUUCAUAGCUGAGCAGUUGACAACACUUUAUAUUCCUUCUGCAAGUCCUAACACAGGAGCAAGAUCCUUCCAGACAUCGCUUAAUCUCUGCUUCAGCCAUUGGGAUGCCCUACUCAGCUGCUGGGUGAGCUUGAUAAUUGGGUAGGAAUUUGAGGCUCAGUCGCCUGGGUCCAAACCCAACUUUCGAUGCCAACCUUCCCGAUCCUGGGGCCCCCCAGAAUUUUACGCCAAAGUAUCUUGAAGGCACCAGAUUGGAGGAAGCCACUCUAUUCCUUCUCGUCUUUCUCUUGCUUUUAGGUUGUCGACUAUGCCUACAAAAACAACUUGGCCUCCUGGUACCCGGAACCGGAAGACAAAGAAGCCUUUGUCAAAUCCCUCAUCUACAGCCCUGACUACGAUUCCUUCGUUAUUGAUAAUUACCGGUGGCCGCAGGAAGCCAUGCAGACUCAAAACAUUUGA